CCUGGACUCUCCUCAGCACUGUGCCUAGUUUGAGUUAUUUUUGUGUUGGUCUUUUGAAGGCUACCUUAAUUUUUUUUUUCACUUUGCUGAACUAACAAAAAUAUUUUAUUCAUGUUUGGUUCAUUUCCUGUUUUGAUUUUUAAAACAACACCACUGCACGUCUGCUCUCAGUCUCAGUCUUUAAACCUCACUCAGACCCCUGAGGACUCAGACAGAUGUGGUGUCGGUCUGACAGCAACUGUGUUACAGUGAAUCGAACAGCAGAGCAGGUGUGAAGAAGCCUUAUCUGAUCUGUCUGUGAAGCUGGCAUUGAAUGUAACACGACCAGGUGGCACUUUUCAUCAGCCUCAUUCCAGCAGGUUAACCUGUACGGACACAUGAAAAACAAGCGCACAAUGCUUAAAUGAAGUUAUGUUAUCCCACUGGAAUCAAACACCAUGAACCUGUAUUUUCAUAUCUUUUUUGGAGUCGGGUUGGUGAUGCAGUGAUGGAAGUGGGGCUGGACUGGAGGCCAGGGUCCCACAAAGACAUUUGCUACCAGGGUAGGAAGGUGCAAGGUAGUUCAACUGUGAGUAUCAAUGAUGGAUCAGUGAGUGGACAGGUAGAGUCCAUGCCCAGAAGCCCGUGGAGUAAAAACUCUACAUGAUAGGAUGAUUUCAUGUAACAAGAAAGUCAGUCAAACCACUACGAAAAAGACAAAAAAAACAGCAUUGUUGCAAAGUGACAAAUAUGGCACACAAAACAUGAAAAAGGCUUUUUUAGAGACUUAGAAAAAACUAUCAAAAAUAUAUAUAUAGAUAAAACAGCAUAACAACUUUGAAGAGGGACAAAGACAAAAGACAGUAUAAGGCACAAACCACCAGAUGUGCAGUCAAUGCGAAACAACCACAGAAAAGACAUUAUCAAAAGAUGCAGACUGACAUCAGAGGAAAGCAAAGACACAAAAAACAGUAUAGAGAUGCUAAAUGACAGCAAACACUCGUCAAUGCAACAACUACAGGAAGAAACAAAACAAUCUCCUACAGAUACAAAAUAAACAUGGAGAACAGAUUUCAGAAAGAGCAUACAGAGACGCAAAGAAACCGCAAAGAUACAAACAUGAAACUCAGUCCUACACAGAACAACAAAAGAAUGCAAAGAAAGACAAAUUUACACACACACAAAAAAAAAAAAUAGUAACAUGUUAGCUCUUCUCAGCCUCAAAAGCUCUCUGUAAUAGGAUAUUAUCCAUCAUCAAGUCUACUGUUCAGAUGAAGCUGAUGUUUUUACUGUGUGGAUCAGUUUAUAUGAAAAGUUCAUACAUCCUGCUUCCUCUCUGUGCGUGAGAAUAUGUGUGGCACAUUAUCCAGGGGAACCUGCUCAGGUGAGGCUGCUGUAGAGUGUCUGAGAAUGUAAUGUGGAUUUGUAGUUUAUAAUCUUGCUUUGAGUCCAGGUACAUCGGGUGUUACUAUGCAACAAAUAACCUUGAAAAUCAUAUUUAUUGAUUUUAUUUUGGACUGUGUGAUAUUUAUUUAAAAGCUAAUAUAUCAUCACUGCUGCGUUCAGUGCUCAUGAAAUUGUUAUUGAACUUUGUUUUGCAUCACAUGAUGUAUUUGGAGAGUUGAAAUAUUUUUGUUUUGUAAUUAUUCCGUUAUGAAUGUUACAAUCCUAAACUGUAAGGGUUUGAAUGUUUGUAUGUUUUUCCAAUGGCUCUUUUUGACAACAGGGCCAUUUGAUAUCUCUGUUCAAGCUGCAGAACUACAGACUGUUAAAGUGAAAUUGUCAGCUCAGUAUCAAGUUUGGGACUGAUUCCUUCCUUUUUACUGUAGGCACAGGGGAUUUAGUGGCCUCUACCAGCCGUUACAAGAACUACAUCUUACAAACUGCCUGAUUUCUUCAAGAUCCUUUCACGGUUUGCGCCUUGUAGCUUGAAUUAAGGUGUUUACUGGUGCAAAACAUGAGGCUUACACUCUAACAAAGAGAAACAGCAUUUAAUAUGUGAUCAACAGGAAAAGCAAAAACUAUUUAAACCUCCAAACUGCUUUCUUAGAGACUGAAGACGGCCCCCGUAUUCAACAGAUUGAAUGAUUGACAGCAGAGUGAUUUUUAUGAAAGAAAAAAUGUCAAAAUAACUUAAAUGACUUUGACUCAAGUUCCUGUUGGAAGUGUUCGAUGUUAAAACACAUCUCCCUGCAGUGUUUUGUGCCUUAAGUCUCCCUGUGAUCCAUUUGUCUGACCAGCGCCCAGACUCAGCCAGUUUGUGAGCUGGUGUACAGUUUUUACUUUGAACAUUUUAUACAGUUUUUCAAAGAGUGCAUGAAUGCGUGCAUGCAGAAUGUUUGUCAAAGCAUGUCGGUUAAGACAGGAUUGGUAAAAAAAAUAAUAGAUAUGCAAACCCUCUUUGUUUAACAUUGUUACAGGAGUUUGAACUGGUUUUGAUGACCUUUAGGUGACACUUUAUUAAUGUCACACAAUGACUAAAAAUGCUGAAGUAACAUGAAGACUGCUGGCUGUUGAUGCUUCACUACAUUUGUUUAACAGGUUUUGAAAAUUAUAUGUGUUGCAAGUUGAAUAAACUGAGCACUUCAAACACUGGACAAAAUUUCCUCUUUUUUUUCUUUUUUUUUCUUUUGCUGACAUUCUUUCACUCUGACGAAUCCUCCCGUUUCCCUUUAAGUUUGAUGCAUCCAUCAGUUUUGAAAUACGUACAGUAAGUUCCUUUUUUCGUAUCUCAGCAAUUUUGUUGCUCAUUACUUCAGAAAUAAAACUGCGGUCAUGACCUUAGUGUAGGGACUUUUCUGAUUACAUCAUGUCGUCUAUCAAACAUCAAUGUAUGAUCACAAAAAAAUUAUCACAUUUUUAAUUACUGAGGUGUAUCCAAAUGUUUGAUAUACUGUUGUAUUUUUUUCUUGGGGCCUAUUUGGAAGUAAAGCAUAAUUGAAAGAAGUGAAUUUUUUUUCAUUGCGGUUUUCUUGAUGGCACUGAUGUUCUUUUGACCAACAGCAGAGGGCGAAUGUGUCUCUUUUUAUAUGUGUAUUUCAAAAUAAAAGUCUCCCUGUAGGACAUCGGCGCAGCACUGAUUGUAGACAGAGAUGGGGACAAUAGUAAGAGCUCUCACUCUGAGUCUUCGUUAGCGACCACAAUAAAUAAGAGGGCUCACGCCUUGAAAAAGGCACACAUUAGCCCGUGUAGGUAGACUUACAGACACUCGGGAAGAACGGUAAAUAAGUUUAGCCCAACUGUCCAGGUUAUGAGAUAUAUCUCAAAGUUUUGAUUUUACAUAAACAAUACUUUGAUUCCACUUUAUGGCAGAUCUCUUGGAGGUAUCUGCAGUUUUUUUCCAGUCUUUGGACCUUUAUCUUUAGUAUAUCAAUCUCCAGUUGAUUAAUAAAAAAUUAAGUUUUGAACUAUACACAGUGGGUUUUCCUCUGCAAUUUACAGUUCACAACUCAGGGGACCACAAAAACAUCAUGUUUUCCCUUUUUUAAAGCAUAUCUAGCUGUUUUUCAUUUUGUCUUUGUUCUUUAUUCAUAACACAAGUUUCACAGCUCAUAACAUAGCCUGACAACGCAUCCAAGAUGGUGAGCAAAGUAGAGCUUCAUCCAGACACUAUGAUGUUAGUUUUUUGCCUUUUUAACAGUGCUACAUGACUUAUUUAAGUAUCAAUGAAUAACCUAUAAUAAAAAGCAGAAGGAGAAUGAAGCAACCGGCAUAGUUUCAUAUGGGUUCACAAAAAUUUGUGAGCUGGCUACAGGGAUAAAGUCUGGUGAAAUCAGAGGAGAGAUUUGGCCGUCUGCUUUUAAAAACCAGCCUCUUGUAGGCCCUCUUGUAGCUGCAAUCCUUUGUUUUUAAUUUCGGGUGUUGUCGCCUGUUUGAGGCUGAGAGUGAACCAUCUUCCCUGUCCCAGACGAUCUUUGUCAGGCUGGUAUUUGCUCCCCACCAUCAUCAAACAGCAAAACCACAGAGAGAGCGACCGAGCGGGCAGGCGAGGGAGUACGACGCUAGAAAAUCAAAAGAAAACGCUGGGAUAAUAAGUCUUGUUUUCCUGUUGGUCUGGUGGAAAUGUGGACGUGAACGACCAAAAUGAAAUUCUAUCAAAAGAAGUGCCACGUCUGCGGGAGAAUUUGAAGACAGAAAGGUAAAGCAUAAAUAAUACAAAACUUCAAUUCCAGCCUGCGGGUCCGAGUCGGACUUUUUGGGCUCCGUCUAUGUGCUGAGGCUAACGUAGUCUCAGGGUGAGACUGCUUCGUGUUCACGAUAAAUCGAGUCAAAAGCUUUGUUUUUGCUUUAAAAUCGACCUUUGGAAUAUUCUCAUAGUACUGUGUUUUAUCUUACAUGCUUUGUUAGUGAGUAUACAAUUGGGUCGCAAUAUACGCCACGAAAAACAAUACGGCGAACAGAUUUUCGGGAGGCUGAGCGUUGGCGCCAGGGUAUAGACGAAUCCAUUUUGGCUGCUGUCGUGGAAAAAAGUUUGUUCCUCCUCUGCAACAAUUCGAAGUUUAAUCAUAGUGAUUUUUUUCUAAAAACACAGGAAAACAGAAACUAAAUUCUCGCCGAGCAUUAGCUAUUCAAAAUGUUACUAAGUUUAACGUUUAGGUCCAAGUUAGCCGCCGUCCAGUCUGUUUGUAAGGAGAUAUUUACUGUUGAAAGCUUGUUAGCCACAUUCCUGUUAGCUAACUCUGCUGCAGAGUUUACGCUGCUCCUCUGUAAUUAAAGCUAAACUCGGACGUAUACUAGCAAAGUGACAUGCAUUUUUAAGGGAAAAAAAACAAACUAUUUUAACUGUUAUCGGAGGUUUCAAUGGAAACGCAUUUCCAUUAAAACUUUCUAUCGAAGCCAAGUGAAGUUAAGAAAGUUGUUCACUAAUAGUGAAAGUAAUCGAGCUGUUUACGUUGUGUAAGUUUUUUUUCUCUGAACAUGUGCCGUCAAGUUUUGUAUUAUAUCGUGUCAUACUCAUAAUGCUGCUGUUUUAUUGUGUUUAAAUCUUUAUUGUCACUUUAAAUCGGGUUUUAUUUUGGUCUAACUUGAAUGAAUUUGCUGUAUCGACUGGGGAAAGUUAGGGAACGCUAUUUUAUGUAUAAAACGCAUACUGUGGAGCAAUUUAAAGAGCUGUACAUGGCUAAUACAGGCCACUUUAAACAUAAGGAAAAGAAAAUAUACAUUAUAUACAGUGAAAAUGACACAGCUGUAAAAUAUAAGUAACACCAGAAUUGAUUUGGUCAGAACAAACCCAAACAUGAUGCCAAAAUUGUCUAUUAAUGAGCUGUACCUGCUUUUUAAAAUCCCAAGUGAUCCAGGUAUAGGAUAAUUAUCUUUCUUUUUAUCUCCCUUUGUCACUCUUAAGUUCUCCUCUCUUUCAGGUCUAAUGUUGAGCAUUUAUUUAUGAUCCUCUUUAAGUUUCUUAGCCAACAGAAAACGAAGUGAAGCACAAACAGAGCCUCUGUCAUGUUUCUUAUCUUUGUUGUUUUGUCUCUAUGAUUUGAUUAUUACUAUAUCGCCUACAGACAAAAAAACUUGAAGCACAGUUGGCUAAAGUGGAUAACUGAUACCAUCCACUGAUUGAUGUCAUUCAUGAGUAAUAUUAAAUAUUUACUCAACUCCUACCCAAACACACUGACACUGCAACUGGUGACUACAAUCAUGAUCAGUUUUCCCAAUGCAAAUUUUUGUUUGUAUUAUAUAGCAUACUAUCUGGUUGUUCACAAGUGUCUUACAUUUUAAGGACAAGAGGUUAAAAUAAACCUCAGUCUGCACAAAGUUGUCUGUUUCACAAACACUCAUGAACAUUCUUAAUUAUGAUCUGACAUGUUAAGUAAAAGCAGAUCAGAUAAAUAGGCUGAUAUCUGACAAGUUAUAAAUAGUUAGAUGUUUUGCUUUUCAGAGCCCCACUUUUGAUUCUCUCAUACUUGUAACAAAGAUUAUUUAAUUAUGUCCUAUUACUUUCUAUGUUUAAGAGGCAGCUGAGCAAAUGUCAGCCCCUGCAUUGUUGCUCACUUCUCUCCAUGUUGGCGAUCACUGAUGAUUGAAACUUCCUGUUGAAUAUUAGGCAGGAGCCCUGCAUAACUCAGCUGAUGGAUGACACCCUAAACUAAAGGCUCAGUGUCUUUUUUUCAAUAAUGUUUAUGUGGAUCUUGGCUCAACCUGCUGCUCUCUUUUAACAAUGAACGUGUUUGUGGAAGUGAUGUUGGAGUACCAAUAUUAAACGAAGUGGUAGUUGUACUUGAACUUCAGGAUACUGUGGUUUCUCAUGUUUUUGAAGGUGUUGUAAAUAAAUCAGACAGCUAACUGCUUUGCAUGUUGCUAGAGGGUCCCUUUGUCUCUCAGUUUUAGUUGUCAGUUUGACCUUCCUUUUUUUUUUUCUACACUGUUUCGAUGAGCAGUUGCAACUGAAAACAGGAGCAAAAUAUCAUGAGUAGGAGUGUCUGUACUUAUGAAGCUUUCACUACUACCUGUACUUAAACUGCUGUGAUUUCUAGAGUCUUGAUUGUGCUCAAAUCAAACAUUGUUGACGGUCUUUAAGACUAACCACUAUUUGAGUAUGUAUAAAUGUUAGUAUCAAUUUUAUUUCUACAGUAAACUGCACAGAGCAGUGAGGAGACUUUAAAGACAACCGCUACAGGCUGAAGUGGAUGAUAGUUGUUUUCAUGGAUUCAUGCUAAUGUUUGUCAGGCCUGAGCUGAACUUGGUAGAUUUAUUCACACCAGAAAAACAGCACUAUUGAACUAUAUAAGACAGCAAUCGACACUUUUUGCUCAAAGUGAUCAGCUGCAGCAUCUCUCUCUCUUUCUCUCUCUGUGUUUCUAUGGGAACAGGAUGCUCUCAGUCUGUCACUACAAAAAUAUUAUUCCUUCAUUGUCUAUAUUGUGCUGUAUGACAAUUUGUGUCACAGAAAUGACUCUGAUUCUGAAUCAUGGUUAAGUUUACGUUUUUAACCUCUCUUCUAAGAGCACAAAACAAAGCGAGUUAUUAUUAAAAGCUGUAUUGAAAUCUCUUCAGAGGCUGUCUGCAGACAAAAGCUACAACUUUUAAAAAGAUAGUUUUUAAAUUAAAACAAAGUGAGCAAACAUUUCCCUUUUUGGAGAGAUGACUGUAUUGUUGUAUGCCAACUUAAUUGGACAUGUCCCAAAAAUAGGGAAAGAAGUAGUUUUCAUGUUGACUGAGCCUUGUAAGAUUUUUUUUCAUUUUAAAGUAAAGAUCGCCUUCAUUUUUGUUCACUUCUGUCUCUGUGUAGACAGAAGUGUUUUGAUCACAACAGGGAUGCAAAUUCAACUGCCUGCUGUACUCGGUUUUUGCAGUUUUUCAAUGUCAGUUAUUCUUGAGAGAAUGGAACUUUGAUUUUUUGUUUGACAAAAAUGAUAUCAAUUGGGUUUUUCCCCCAAACCAUGCAUGUUUCACAGCAAUAUCAUGGAUGUAACUGACAGUAUUGCAAAGCUAAAAGAUUAAUGUGUGAAUACGUUUUUAGGCGGCAGGCUCAUAAAAAUCAUGUCCACAGACCUAUAGUCAUACAAAGUAAGGUUCAGACUACAUCUCUGACUCAGUGUCCACUUUUUUGCCUAUUUGAUCUUAUUGAGAAAACUAAGCAUGGCCCCAUGGUCGUUGUGUUUAUCAGGAGCAUAACUAGGUUUACAACUGGUCCUGCAGCAGAAAAUGCUCUCUCAGAUGAUACCAGAGUUGCUGGUUUGCAGAAAUACUAAAAUGUCAACUUUGACAAUUUGCACGUUCUGUAAAAAGUUUGCAGCCUUUUUGUCCAGGGCUACUGUCGUGUAUUGCUCUCCAAAAAACACUUUAAGCCUAGUUGGCAGUGACAUCCUGAUAGCUUAAUCCAAAAUGAGACCACACAUUGUUGAUCUAUACCUGAUAGAAAAUUGAACAAAAACUUGCUGGUUAAAGUACAUUUUUGAAGAUCAGUUACUCAAAACUUGAUUAAUUGAAAACAUUCUCUCAAAAAUAGUAAUUUGGAAAAAGGCUCCUCAACUUUUCUAAUCAUAUUUAAUUUGUUUCAGCCAUCUUACAUCAUUUGUGGUUAAACAUUUCUAGUUUUAGCCCAGUGGAUGACAAUAUUUUUGCUGUUUGUUGCCAUUAAUAGCAGCAAAUAAUAAGCAUAUUGACUGUUUAUUGGAGAAAGAUGCGAUUAUAUAAUGUAACUUCAGGCUCUUGGGGAAAGUCUUGGACGUUCCUCUCUUUUACAUCGGUCAAUCCAUCUUUUUCAACAUCAGUAAUCUGAGUUACAGACAUUACGUGUCUGCUGUUUGAGUUCCUAAAAUGACAUUUUUAUCUUGAAAAUUUGGAUCGAGGGAAAGAGAAACAAGAAAGGGUUUGUUCUAGAAAUGGCUUUGGAAGAGACUGUCCUGAUUCGAUUAACUCAGACUGCUGCAGCAUCUUAUUAGCUCAGAUAAACUUUGGACCACAUGCUGCCCUCCACAUAAUCAAGGGAUCUGGCUGAUGCUCACCGUCUAGUUUCAGAUAAAUGAACGAUUACAAGAAGUGGAACAACCCCAGCAAUCAUCAUGGUACCAAUAACGCUAACUCACAUUUUCUUUAAGAUGCGAAAUAUGCACAAACAGAUGAAAAACACAGAAAUGGUUAUGAGUUUUUUCUCUUCAAAACCAGAGUCUCCCUCCAGCUCCCCCUCUGCCUUCCCCAUCAGGGCGAGAGAGAGCGGGAGGUGAACCAGGGCUUAUAGGAGGGAGAGGCAGUGUUAGAAAUUAAAUUCUAGUAUUAUCCAUAUGCCAGACAGCUGUACAUUCCUCAGCCAAGCCCAGGAUCUCUGUUACUGAAAUAACAAGGGUGAGUGACAGUAGGCGAGCCAGCUAGGCCACAACAAGAGAAAGAGAGAGGCAGUCAGAGAAAGAGAGACAUGUCGGAGGAGGUAUUGUUUAUGAAAAAGACGACAAAUAAAUAAAAGGAAGUUCGAAAGAUGAGUUUGACCUUUCUUCUCGUCCAUGGCUCCUCUACCGGACGAGUUAUCAACAUCCCUGUUUACCAAAGCGCACAAAUCAUCAUUAGAAAAAAAUCAAAUUGAUGAUCAGUUUAUCUGGAGAACAAUCGCAUUGAUUGUUUUGUAUUGAAACUCUGAAAAUAUAAAAUUACUGAACAGUCGUUCCAAAAGUCCACAUGAUGAAAAUUUUCAUCUGAACUCCUGUUGUCCCAAAAUUGACCUAAAUGCUAGACGUACUCUUGAGAAGGGUAGGAAACAAUUGUCUCAUUGUUGAAAAGUCCUUUAGGGUUUUUUUGUGGAGUUUGUUGUAAUCAGUUUUCUACGCUUUUGGUAUGAUUAAAAAAAAUAGCUAUGUAUCAGUUUACUUAUUAAAAAAAUAUGCAAGAUGCAACUUUUCAUUGAUUCUUACUUUUCACAUGAAAAUGUAAAUGAAAUCAUCAGACACUCAAUCCAGCCAGCAGCUGUUAUGGAUUCAGGGUUUUCGUCUGAGCCUUUCACUGCAGAUAUGAAGCACAGAGAGCAGAGAAAAGUCCUCCUGUUUCAUGAUUAUUUACAUCACUGAUAUUGAAGUGACAAACGCUCCUCAUCAUCGGGCCCCUGUCUCCUCUUUUAGCAUCAGUCUUUUGUGUCUAUAGAAACGGUCAAAGGUUAAAAGAUGUCCCAGCACUCUUUCUUCUCUGUCCCAAUCCGUCUAUCACUCGUACCAAGGACACAGACGCCGUGUUAUCUCUUUCACCUUCUGAUUGUAUAUCAGGCUGUGAUUAGUCUGUGGUGUCACUCAGUCUACCCUGUGUGUAUGUAUACUUGUGUAAGCUGUAGAUCUAUUCUUAUAAAGUGACACCAGACCCUGUUGAAUCCUGAGCGGGAGUACACCAGCUCUACACCGUUUUAAAGGAGCAGCCAAUGUCGUCAGGAAAAUCAAAAUCAUGCUUAAAGGGUAGAUGUGUAUGAUGUACAUAAUUCAAAUAAUGAGACAAAUUUCCUGUAUCAAACAAUGUUGAUUUUUUGUCUUAAGGUCCUUACACACCGGGGCCGACACGAAUAUAGAACGUGAAAUAUUCGGAGGCGAAUUUUGACGCGCCUGACUACACAUCAAGCUUGAUGCAAUUUUGCGACUUUCCGAUGGGGAAGGUCCCACCUCCUUCUCCUCUGAUUGGCUGGAAACGUUAUCACACGCUCAAGCCAAACGGUCAGCACUUAUAGCCAAUCAGAGGCGAAGGAGGGCGGGACCUUCCCUUAACAACCUACAGUGUCCCGGGUAGAAGCGAGAGGACAAAAUGGAGUCUACUUCAACUUCAAGUGAUGGCGAAUUGGUACCUCUUUUGUUUUCUCAAAAGAAAAAGAAACGUAGCACAUGGGUGCGUCCAAUAUUAAGACAAAGAAGAGAACUUGGCGAGUUUCGCUGCUUGGUUCAGGAGCUGAAACUGUACCACGGUCGCUGAUUGUUUUCAGUUCUGAUUAGACACGAGUGUUGAGAUGGCUUUCUGUCAUGAUAGCAUGUACUGAGUCGGGGCCACUACCAGAUAAGCACAUGAAACUAUGGUAACAACCAUUAGCUUAUGUUAGCACAGAUAAAAGUUAAGAAACAAAAACGUUAAGCAAACUGUUAAAGCACACAAAACAUUGUCAAAUGAGAGAUCCGAUGCUGUGACUCUCCACAAGUUGUCCUUCAGGUCGUUAUCUUUGUCAUGUGUGUGUGAAUGAUCGUAAACAUGCAGCUGAUCGGCCAUGUUGGAUAUACCGGUGCAUCUGAUGUCGCAACAACACGCAAUCUGAUUGGUCAGAAGUGGACACACAGUAUGCGGAACUUUAGAAAAUCGACCAUGAUCCGAAAAAAAUAAAUGCCGCAAUAUUGCAGAACGGGAAAACGUCGCUUAUGUGAACACUUGUAUUGACAGGAUACGGGUUCGAAAAUCUGAUUCACCUUCUCCAGUUUUUCCUUUUCACCUGUCGACUCACUGUUUUUUCAGUGUGGCUGUCAGAGUCUCCUCCAGAAGGCUGAAUUAAGAAAAAGAAUAAGAAGAACUUUACUAAUCCCCUAAAGCAGUGGUUCUCAAGUCCAGUCAUGGAGGCCCACUGUCCUGCAUGUUUUGGAUGUUUCUCUGCUCCAACACACCUGAUUCAAAUGAUCAGCUCGUUAUUAAGCCAUUACAGAGCUUGAUAACGAGCUGAUCAUUUGAAUCAGGUGUGUUGGAGCAGGGAAACAUCCAAAACAUGCAGGACAGUGGGCCUCCAUGACUGGACUUGAGAACCAUUGCCCUAAGGGAAAUUGUCUGUUGUCUCACAUAAUAUGUCUCUAAAAGUCAUCUACUAUUUACACAAGAGUUAUAAAGUCUAAUGGCUGUUGGUACAAAAGAUCUUCUGAAUCUUUCUGUCCUGCAGAAAAGAGAGAGGAGCCGUCCACCACCAUUGGCCCUUUGGUCCAUCAAGGUGUUGUGAAGUGGGUGAUCCAUGUUCUUUAGAAUAGUCUCCACCUUCCUCAGUGUAGAUCUCUCCACCACAUCCUCCAGCCUGAGUCUAGCUUCACCAGUUUGUUAGACACUGCAGUGAAUAGACUUUCAGUAAAUAGAUUCAAGUUCUCAACUGAUUAAGAAGUUAUAAUCUUUUAGAACAUCUUUUAUUAUAUUGUUUCUAUGUAGAGUUUGACUGUCAUAUUUCCUGUACCUUUUUAGACUGCAAUACAUGAUGUAACAGAAGAAAAAUAUUACCAACCUCGUGUCAGUUUUUUUUCUAAUGGAGCCCGUUCCUUGAAUUUCAUAGCUUGUUACUCUGUUACUUGUGUCCUAGGCUGAACCUGGAGUGGUUUAUUGGCAUUUCUAUCUGGUCUUACUCUUCUCCAAUGCUCUUGUCUAUUGUCUGUCUUUGUGGCUGUUAGGAUAGUCAUCAAAUCAUCAGUGAUUAAAACAAAAAUGAUCAGGUAUUAAACAGCAAAAUUACUAAACUACUCUUUUAGCUGCAAUUUUUCACUUCUACAAGUACUCUUUAAACUCCAGAUGUGCCAUCAAAGAGUGUCAUUCAAGCAGUAUUUUGGUCUUCUUGGCUUUAAAUUUAGCUAGUGUUGAAGUAAGACAGAUGCUAGAGUCGAGUAUGACUCCCUCAUUAAUGUAAAGGUUAGAGCUACUGUGUUAACAAAGGGGGAAAUCAAGAUAACCUUAGAAGAGAUUGUCAGGAUGUAAGAUGGUUCAGCUCUUGUAAAAAGAUGUUACGUCCACUUUAAGUUUGAGAAAACUUAAUGAUGCAUUUCCUCUUUCCCUCUUCUGAAUUGACCAUAAUUUUGAGGUCUUCAUUAAAAACAAUGCUAGAAGUAACCCUGAGAUAUAUAUAAUGUUUCCAUGUUCCAACAUUGAAACGAUGUUUAAACAAGUUAAAUUAAAAGGUGAUAAGGGUAUGUUAUGUAGAAACUGUUCUCAGACUCAGGUUUUAUUUUCUCUGCUUUCCUCUCGCUCUGUUCUUCUUUACUUCCCUCCUCUUGCUCCAGUCCCAGUCUACUUCUCAGUUUUCUCUCUCCCGGGAGUGUUUCCAGUCUUGGAGGCUGAGCUUGGGGAUCUAUCUCUUUCCCCUGCUCUAUUUCUAUCCCUCUCUUCCUCUCCUCUUUUUCCCCCCUCCCCCUUUCUUUCCUCCAUUUCUUCUUUUCUUUCCUCUCCACCUCUCCUUCUCUUGGAGUGUGUUUCCAGUCUCAGAGGCUGAGGAUCAUAUUACUCAGGGAGUCUCAGAGGCUCUCUGGCGAGGUGGCAGUGGUGGAGGUGGAGGAGGGAUGGAGGGAGGAGGUAGAGAAGGAGAUCAGGUUUCACAUCUCCAGCGCUCUCCUCUGUCUGCCUUGCCACCCUCCUCCUCCUCCUCUCCCCCCCUCCCGGCAGCCUGGAGACAGAGUGGCUGAGCUGGGAAGGAAAACAUGCAAUCCUCCCCUCUCCUCCUACUCCUCCUCCUCCGUACGGCCGGCCUCUUUGCUGCAGCACAGCAGAUAAAUAAAGGCAGUAAAUGGGAGCCAAGCACACAGAGGGACGAUUCUUUCACCUCUUUCACCUCCCCCUCCAUCUCUGCAGAGAUAUUUUAUAUCCUGAACCGUGUGUUUUCAUUCUCCUGGAUGUGUGGCAAAGGUGAAAAUGCUUCAGGGAGACUUUUUGUGUCUUGAGAAUCUAAUGAUCAAACCUGCAUACAGAGAUCAGUAAAAUGUGUUCAACAGUAACUGCAGAGAGGCCAAAGCAGCAGCAGAAACAGCUCCUGUUUUGUGAAGACUGUUGCAGUGAGACACUUGUGGCUUUAGUAGCAGCAGUUGUUAUAAUAUGGGUUUGUGUUUGGAGAAAUAUUCCUUUUUUGAAGUAGAAGAAAGUGCUUAUCUAAUUCAUGCCGUUAAGUGGAUCGAUGCAGGGCAGCAGAUUUUUAUUUAUUUCGUUUAAACGUGAAGCGUUUCAUUCGGGCUUAAAUGUCAGGAAGUAGUUGAAAUUCCCCUUGUUGUACAUCAGAGUUGAAGCUCACAGCUCCACGUCUUGUUUAUGCACUUCAGAGACAUGCCGCUGUUUACCUGUCACAUAAGUCUUACAUGAUUUGAUUGAAUCCAAAAGUAAAAACGUUGUUUUGAAUGUUGUAAAUAACCAAUCACACACUUCUUUCUGUAUUGCCUGUUCUUCAUGUCUGACUCCAGUUGAAGGUCGAAGCUUCCUCCAUGUUCACUGUCUCCAGUGGCUCCAGUUGUCCUUUAAUGGUAUUGAUCUCUGCUUUAAAUACACCCAGCCCAUCCCAGUGAAUAAUUCAGAUCAGCCCACCAGGGUGGCUCAAUUCGAGCAAAGAAAAGAAAUUCCUUGGUUUUUAACGAAGGCACUGAGGUUGAGGAAUUCUGCCAGACCCCAUUUCAACUCCCAACCUGUGUUGUUUUCCACCAGCUGUGGAAAUGUGAUUAUUUGUGGCCAUGAGUGAUUUUGUGUGGUCAUGUGACAGCAGUGAACAGGACUACAUUCCUCUAAUUCAAAAAUCUGAAGGCUCACCAAACCACAGGACUGAAAUCAGAACCUCAUACCAAUGUCUCCCCCUCCUAAACAGCAUUACACAGGGAAGAAGAGAGAGAGUUUUGUGACUGUAGUAAAUAACUCGAGCUAUGUCUUGGGCGGGGAUAUGUACACUUUUUGUGCUGUUAAGGUGGUCAUUAUCUUUUUUUUUUUUUUGUGCAGCAUCUUGCUGAAAGAACUAAUCCAGAUUUUGUCCAGUUUUUUGUUUUCACAUACAAGAAUUUGAUCUGAAAUGUGAAGCUAAAGGGGUUUUAUAAAACAGGAACACUAGCUUUAGGGAGUAUAGUGUAGAAGUGGGAGAAAAAAUCAAUACAGCAUAGUAUCGCGAUAUUUUGUCUGGUGAUAAAUAUAUAUAUAUAUAUAAUGUAAUAGUGUCACCCGUAUUUGACAAAAGACAAAAAUUUGAGAUGGAAUUAGUUAUUUUUGAAUGAGAAAUGAACGCUAGGGCUGAACGAAAUGGGGAAAAAACAAUGAGGUUGUUGUACCCACAAUGCACCCACUUGUUGAAACAAAAUGUUUUUGGCUCAUGACUAAAGGAAUGAUACUUUUUUUUUUUGGCUCUAAAACACUGAAUUACCAUAAGGAUGAAGAAUUGGGGAAUUGCAGCCAUGGCGAUCUCUUUGUAAAUGCAUAUUAGAUAUCAAUCAUAAAAUUUGAGCUUCGGAAAAAUUCAGAUUGGAGCACCACUGGUCUAGCAGUCUAUGCACACACUCCUUAUACGGAGGUUAUGCCUCCAGCAGUGGAAUAAAGGGGAGUAGUUUCCUGAAGGAAAGAACACUGCUCUAAAGUUCUUAAACUUUAGGCUCGACUCGGUAGUCUUGAUGCUGCCAGGCAUGCUGGUUGAAUGAAGUUCCUUUUUCAUUUUUGAGGGGGAUUUACUUUCCUCCUUCGGUAAUCCUUCUGCCUGAUAGGUGCAGUGAUCCCUCUGAAGUGACGGUGGCCCCUGACCUCAGUCCUGACCCCUAACCCCUGACCUGAGAGACCUGCACCCCUGUCAGCUCACCACUAACAGAGCUGUCUUUUCCCCACCUGGAUUAGAAAGUCUGGCCCACUUUCAUGAGUGGACACAGACACUGCACACACUCAAUCAUCAGUCACCCAGACUCAUUUCAAACCAGUCAGAAUUUCCUCCAGAUCAGCUGCUGAGGGGCGGUCAGUUUAUAUGAGGACUGAUCCCUGAUCAGUUACUCAUAUAGUCAGUGACUGCGAUGUCUGGAGAACUGCUGCUUAUUCUUGUCUCUAACCUCAAGAAAUAGUUCAUGCAUUUGAAGUUUAUUGCUCAGUUGGCCUGUGUUAACACUUCUUCUUUUGAUGCUUACCAUACACAGUGCCUGAUUUAUGUUCUUAGUCCAGACUUAAUGACUACAAAUGGGCUGUUGUCAAUAUGAAUUAAUAUUCCAAUGUACUUCAUUGGGUGGUUGUUUGGACUUGGAAGUAUCAUUAAUGAUGAAAAAUGUCAGUCUGUGUGUUCCAAAGUCCAUGAUGACAUCCAAGAAACUCUCGUGCAGUUCCCAGAAAUGUAUGGUUUAUGUCGGAACACAUUUAACUUUUAAAAAAGCUAAGAUAUGAACAUUUGUGGUUCUUUUUCUCUGAGAAAUCUAUCUUAAAAACUGCUCAGACCAGUAAAUUGCUUGAAAUAGCCAUUGGUUAAUAAGUGGGUGACAACUCCUCCAUUGGCUAUUGCAGAUCUAUCUGUCUUUCAGUUGUCAGACCUACAAGUUUCCAUGUUUUGGGUCAAAUACCUGUUUAGAAUUAAUGAGUUAAUCAUGACGUUAAACACUGUUUACAGUCAGUAAUCUGGUACUUAUUGAAGUUAAGCUCAGAAUUCUCAGCCUGCUUAGACACACUGGCUUAAUGUAGUCAGUGCAGCAUUUGACUGUACUGUAUAUGGGAUGGAGUAAUAUUCCUGGUUGGUUUCUUAUUUACACCAGGACUAUUCAGUUCACAGGCCUCAGGUGACAGCCAAUAUCCAAUUGACCCCAACCCAAAUAGAGUACAUUAACCCACAUAUGAAAAAUAAAUAGUGUGAACAAAUGUAGCCUAAAGUAAACCAUCCUACCUCGUUCUUUUUUUUAAGAGAGGUGUAUUUGCAGAUCUAAUGGGAACAGAGGUUUCAGUGGAUAUCUCAUCAAAGGGGGCAGCUUUAGCUGAUACACCAACCACUGACAGCCCCACUUAGAGGAAAAACUAUCCUUUUAAUCUACAAUUUAUAGACUCGCCCUGACCUUGCCUCCUCAGUUAAGAGUUAAGAGUUUCUCACAUUUGUAGGCGUUUUCUAAAUAUUUCAGUUCCAAAAACUUUCAAUACUCUACAUUUUUCAGGUGUCUAGGAAGUCUUUUAGAUGUUACUUUAGGAACAAAGAUGGUGUGUGUUGUAGAGAAAGUUUAUCAUCCUAAUAAUUUCACUGAAUCUGUCUCUGUUGGCCACCAUUUGGAGUGUGUGUGGUUUACAGCAGGAUGAUGGUUUUCAAGCCAAACAUGCAUCAGUUUUUGGUUUUUAUUUUCUGCAGAAUGAAGCCAGGAGGAAAAUCAGCCCAGUCCCUGAGUUUUCCCAUUCUGCCUGUUCUCCUGUAAAGGCAGCGCUGCUCUCUCUCUCUCUCUCCCUCUCUCCCUCCCCCCUCCCUGCGUCACUGUUCCUGGUCUUUAAUUUCAAUUAGCUCUGGCUGCUGGUUGACUUUGAUGGCAUUAGGCUCUCCUCCCAGCCUCCACACUCGUCCCUCUGCUCUCGUCUUCGUCUGUUGGUUUUGGGAAAGCCGCCGGCUUUAACUGCUGCGAUCAGAAUCUGAAUGCUUCACUACCACUUCCUGCCAGUAUCCAGCUCACUGUGCAACCCAGCAGCCACUCACUCACACAGACUUAGAAACACACACAUAUAUAUACACAUACACUAAAACUCAGACUCUAUAGUGCCUGUGGUGGCUGCCAGGAACAUAAAGGGAAAUGAUCAUAAGAGCAUCCAGUGAUUCCCUCAAGCAGCAAGAUGACCCUUUUGGGAGGAAACCAAAACAAUCUGGGGGAAACAAACUACUGUUGUUGGCACUCAGAGUUGUUUUUAUGUCUAACUGUAGAUGAGGUAGUUUUUGGACUCAAGUCUCGACACUCUUGUACAGCAUUUAAAAAGUUUUGCUGAAGUAGAUGAGGUUUGGAUGAGACUAUGAAUAUACAAACUAGUGCUGGGCGAUAUGGAAAAAAAUGUAUAUCACGAUAUGGAUCAUUUUAUAUCACGAUAACGAUAUAUAUCACGAUAUAGCUAUGGUAUGCUUUCAGUUCUAUGAAAAAUUUGAGUAUAUACAGCUGCACUAGUACAGUACCAGUACAAGACCAGCACUUAAAACUAGAAAAAUGAAUAAAUAAAUACGUGGCCGAAGUGCGUUCAUGUCUGCGCUCAUCCAAAGUUAUGCAACACUCACAGAAAACGCCGAUAGUUUGAGCCAAAGCACUCCAUAAUAAUAAUAAUAAUAAUAAUAAUAAAUUUAAUUUGUAAUGCACUUUACAUUUACAAAAAAUCUAAAAUUGCUACAGUACACAGUAAAAAAAGAGCAGCAACAAUAAAAAAGCAAUAGAAUGACAGUCACAGAUUAGCAUAAAAAAAGAAUUUAAAAAAAAUAAAAAAUCUAGAGUUGCAAUGUAAGAGGCAAGGUAGUAAAAGCAUAGAGGAAAGUUAACCAAAGGCUUUAUUAAACAGGUAGGUCUUUAGGGCUCUUUUGAAGAGGUUGUUCACACUGCUAGAUGUUUCUCCUCCAAAGCUGCUCUCUGCCUCCAUCAUUGUUUACUUUACUCUUGAAGCACAUAGGAAGACCCGAGCAUGAAUCCGAGCGCUUUAUUCGCCUAUCAGGAGCAGACAGGUAAGGUGAUUUGAUUCGCCACGACUCCAGAAAUGAUUGAAAAACUACAGAAUGUCACAAAAUUACGUUUCCUCGCUGCUGGCCUGAAGGGUAGAAAUGCGCAGCCGCGCUCCCAGCUGACAGGAAGUCAAACCACUGUUGUAGUUCUUUUGUGUUGCUAGCGCGCUCAAGAGUGUUGGCUCUCACUGAGAGAUGACUACAAAAAUGGACGCACACGUUCAGCUGGUUGUUAAGCACGGCUGAAAAUGAUCAUCUUUUAAUGUUGUUCCCGCUCCUGCCCACUCCCGUUGCUUUUUUUCCCGUCCCGUCCCGAUCAAGGGAUUAAUUAAAAAAUGACUCCCAUCCCGUGGGAUUCCCGUGGGAAUCACGUGACCCACGGGAAUUCCCGAAAAAUGUCAUCCUCCACAGGGAAGGUCCCGGAGCAGAUGAAACAGGUGCCGGAGCGGCUGAAAUAGGUCCCGGAUCCGAUCAAAAGAGGUCCCGGAUCGCGCUCCGACUUGCUCCGGCACAAAUUAAGCACUGCUUACAAUGAUCCCCUCACGUGUGUAACCCAGGUAACCCGCAACGGCGGGAGACGCUGGACACGAAGAGGGCACGUAAAGCGGCGUCAUGUCGCAAAAUCGAAAGAGAAAUGCAAGCCUACAUGUCAACGCAUCCUUUUCUUUGUAAGAAAAUAUUGUUUUCUUUCCCGUUCGACACCAAAUACACUUACUGAAUGUGCAAUUAUUGUUGUUGUUACUAUGAAUCAUCUGAUGGCACAAGCCCUAUGGAUAAAAUACAGCCUAUCGCCCGAAACGAUAAAAAUAAAAAUGGCACGAUAGACAUUUUCUAUCGUGCCCACGAUAUCUAUCGUCCUAUCGCCCAGCACAAAUACAAACUAUGGGUGUCCCGAUACACCUUUUUGACUUACGAUAUGAUACAGAUAUUGUAGCGUAAAAUAUUGGCCGAUACUGAUAUUAACCUGAUAUUGACUUAAAAGUGUGCUUGACAGGUUUUGCACUCAGCUGCAACGUCUUUUUUGCACUUUAACAAAAAAAAUACUGCCACACGGUCGACAUCACUCCCACUACUACUUAGAACUAGGGCCUGACCAAUAUGGAUUUUUUUGGGGGCCGAUGCCAAUACCGAAAGGAAGACCGACUGAUUAAUCCCGGACCAGAAAAGCGUUUUCAAAACCCCCCGCCAAUCAGUGCCUCCGUGUUUUAAGUACUCAUUUCCGGUCCGGUUUCAUCUGGAGAGUGCAGCUGCCUCAGUAAGAGAAGUAGCUCGAUCACGUAAUGUGUACUGUUGUUUAUUCUACCGUUACUGGCACGGCAAACAGUGUAGCAAGGCUAACAGCAAGGCCGCUGCGCCAUCUACAGGAUAAGUCGCGGAACUUUUCAAAUGGCAGAACAUUUUUGAAGUGAAACCGAAUCUUAUUCUCCGCAUUUUGUUUCUGAAAAUACCGGCAAAAAUCGGUGAGUUUUGGCUGAUUACCGAUUAGUCUCAAACAGGCUAAAAUUGGCUGAUUUAAUCAGCUCGCCAACAAAUCGUUCGGGCCCUACUUAAUACACACUGUUAUUGUGAUCACGUGGGCUCUGCAUGCUAGAUCUGGGCGAUGCUAGAUAGAGGUGCCGAAGCAGAGUCUGGAAUGGACUGCUUGUAUCGGAGUGCUGAUAUUGGAGGCCGAUUUAAUCCGAUGUUUGUUUUUUGUCAAUGUCAGAGUUAAUGCAUGCAAAAAAGUGCAAGAGUCUCUCUUAAGCCUUGUUGUUCAUCAGUAAUGAAGUUUUCUGUUCAGUAAGUGUUGUAUUGAUGUGUGUAUUUUGCUUAUCAAAGUUGUGCUUGAUAAGAAUGUAAGUUAUUUUUUUUUGUUUAAAAAGAAAACAAAAAACUGGAAAACACCAAUAUCUAUCCUUGUGGUGUGUAUAGAUCAGCCAUAAUGGAUACAUUCACUUUCAGAGUAUAAUUCCCAUCUUCAUAUACGCUGCCUCAGCAUUUGACCACACCUGAUUAUUUUCUCUAUCGAUCACGUAACAAGAAAAUGGCUGAGAUACGGAAAACUGUCCGUUACAAUCAUCGGGAGCAAAAAGACACAAAGAAAAGCAGCUGAUCUUUGAGAUUCUAGCUGACACGCCAGAAAAGAUGAAACGGUUAUCAGAUUUGGAGACACUUAAGAAACUUUUAGUUGGCUGCUUAUUGGAGUGUACGCUGCGAGCUGCAUAGUAUGAGUCUGUGUUUGUGCUCUUGGCUUGUGCUGUGUUUAUGCCUGCAUACCUCUGCUUGCCUGACGUGACGAGGACUGGUUUCACAGCUUUCCCCUCAUACUGUGGUUUCACACCUUCGUCUGACACGUAGCUCAGACCUAGGAAUUUACAUUUUUAACUAUCAACCACCUCGGUGCUGCUCAACAGAAUGAACAGUGAACUCCCUAGAUGUUGCCAAAAUAACAUGCGGGUGGAAUUUUGUUGUUGGGAAAAUCAAAUUACUGGAAAAAAAAAAAAAACUAAACGUUCCUGAUGGACCAAUUAUCUUUUCAAAAAUGCCAAAUUGUAAGAGUAUCCAUCAGCUUUGACUGCAUGUGCAAGUUUAUCUCGGUCCAGUGGAAAGAUUUUGAUCACACUGGCUUCAAAAACGUCACUGAUGUGUAGGAGAUGUAAAUUUUUUUCAGGCCACAUGUGUUUGUUUUUUAAUGCUGACACAGAAAAUCUGGUUCCACUCGUACAGCAGGUCAUAUCACAGAGGCGUUCAGUAGGUAACGUGCUAACAGUUUACUUUCAUUAAACGAUAUGAGUGGUAUCUUGUCAUCCAGCAAUAGAGAGAGAGAGAGUUUGGGAGAAAAAAAAUGUAGUGUAAGGACGAGGUCUGUGUGUUGUCGCAGAUGUUCCCUCUGUUUCUGGCUUCCUUUUAAAUAGCUGGCUGGUGUGUUACAGGGUGUAAACAGCCCAGAGCCAUGGUGGUGAGUCGGCCUCUACAAACUGUUAGAAUUUUUCUGGAUUGUGUCAAGUUGUUUUUUUUUUUUUUUUGCUAGGCUUGUUUUCUCUUUUCUUUUCACUUUUUUCAGUAUUGUCUUUCACAAUGGAACCAUACAGAGCAGAGGAGUUUCUGUGUCUGUGGUGGAUGAGUAAAAUGUAAACAAUUCAACAGACCAGCACAAAAUCGACAGCUUCUGUUGAGCAUAGUCAGCUAACAACACAAAAGACACUUUUUCUCAAAAUGUUAUAUGUGGAAUCGUUUUUUUAUUGUAUCCAGAAAGUUGAUCCAAAAAUGAAAGUAGAGAAGCUGCUUCUUCUGUGCUCCUGCUACAAAGACUCCAGACUUGCAGUAGUAGUGCUGUGAAAAGCCAUUUCUUCUUUGCUGUGUUUGCAGAUGCAGAGCACCAGGUUGUUUGGUCUCUGCUGAAAAUAUUACAGCUCUUAAGAUGACCAUAAGCGAGGUUUGGUAGUUUUCAUCCGCUGAAUUCAUGCUCAGAUUGGGCUCAGCAAGCCACUUCUUGCAGCGCAUCACAAACAUUGAUGAAACCCAUUACAUUGAUUACUUGAUUAAGACAAUGAGUUGUUCCAGCCAUUCAUAACAUCAAUUGAUCUGUGUUUCUCUUUCCAGCCGGUUUUCACUUUGCGAUUUUUUUUUCUAGAAAAGGCAAACAUCAGUGAAAAGUACCUUGCAUAGAAAACAAAACCUUUUAAAUGAAGGAAGUGCUUAUUUGAAAAGAAUUUGUUAUUCCUGAAAAGAAAAAUCAGAUUUAAAGAUAUUGUUAGCAUUCUGUUUGCCUGAAACUGGACAGAGUCUCAACCUCAAUCCCAGAACACACUGGAUCUGUGUGGUGGGCAUGUUCUGUCAGCGUUGUGUCCCGGCUCCGGGGCAGCGUAGAGCAGCCAUGGUCAGCUAGACUCAGUGUAUAGAAAAAAGCUAACAACAGGGUUUUUUUCCUUUCUGUGGUGGAUUUCAAGCUAAUUGUUUUUUAUUCAUGUUCUCUGUUGUUCUUCCACUGUGUGUAAACAAACACAUGAGCUCAAGAAGCUACGCUGUUACGUUCACGUUACGUUAACUGCGCUACUCGCUACAUAGACUGUGUAUAAGCUUGAACGUUAGCCUUCACAUUGAUGGAAGAGAGUCCUUCAGGACUUUAAGCACUCAUUGAUGACUCGAAACAAGUCAAAAAUAAUGUUGUAUGUUGUUGUGCUCACACAGUGCGAGUAGAAAGCAUUAGUGGCGCGUUGAUUUUAAUGAUCAUGUGAAAUUUUAGUAGUGGCGCACAUAAUUUAGCAGUGGCGGUGCAUCGCUGCUGAAUGAAUGUAGGGGAAACACUGCACUUUGCUGUUCAGUUACCAUCAGAGUUAGAAGCUAAAAGAAAAUAUUUCUUAUCUACGCAAUCUAAUAAACAAUCGGGAGUCUGCGCAUGGUGUUUUAUUUUGGAAUUCACAGGAUUUACUAUACUCUGCUUGAGCUUGACCUCUUGUUUGAUGUUAUCUGUUCUGUGUCAGUUGUCGCGUGUUGCAGCGAAAAUAGACUCGGUGUGAAUCUUAAACAGAGCAGCGAUGCUUCCUCUGGGCUAUGCUACAUUGCAUUAAAAUCGGAAUGGAUUUGCUACGUAGCACACAUCGACACACUCAACACAGAUCAUUUGGGUUAUAGUCUUUUAAAACUGAAUAACUUUCUCUGUGAUGUCGAGCCGGUCAGAAGAGCAUAAUGGGUUCUUCCUCACAGUUGAAGUCUGUUUCUGCUCGGAGCAGCUUAGAUGCAAAAUAGCCUCAUUGUGUUCUUAUCUGUUGUUAUUGGUGGAGCUGUAUCUAUGCAGUAUUGAAGACAGGACAAAGUUCUUCAUGAACAUAAUGAAGUUCAUUGUGUUUAAUCUAAUCAUACAUCAAUUUUAUGGUUUUAUGCUGUGUGAUUUAAAGAUUUAAUCCUCUUCAGUUUCAUUGUAACUUUAAGAGCUUUUUGAAGACUUAAAAUUACUGGCUCUGUCUUAACUGAAAUUUAGUUUUAGCGAAUCCUUUUGAAAGCACUUCAUGCUCUCUGUUUAUUCAACAUAGGAAUAAGCAACUCCGCACUCUCACACAUUGAUCUACUUUUGGUCCAACAAGCCGCAUGUUGUGAGAAUUAAAGAAAUCCUGCAGAGAAAUGUGCUCAAGCAGCUGGUGUUUACGUUUACAUUACCCUUUUUUUGCUGCAUUUUGCUGUUUCCACUCAGCUGUUGGAGUUAAUCAUAGGUCAUAUUAAAGAAAAAAUAGAUGGAGAGCAGAGCUACAGUAUGUUUCACUUGAGUUCAUCCUCGUGUGUGGGAGAGCAGGAUCUUUUUUUCCCUCUGUCUGUCUCUUUUUCUUGGCUUUGCCUGUCCAUCCAUAAACGAGCGGUGUGUGUGUGUGUGUGUGUGUGUGUGUGUGUGUGUGUGUGUGUGUGUGUGUGUGUGUGUGUGUGUGUGUGUGUUUGUAUGUGUGUGUUGGACGGAGAGGCAGCAGCUGUUUUUUCGCCAACCUCGUGACCGCUCUCAGCCCCCGUCUUCGGACAUCUAUUUUCUCCUUGUCUGUUCUAUAAUAACUCAGCGGCUGAAUCCCUACCGCUGUCGUUUUUCCUCCCAUGGGGUGGAGCCAAACACAAACUCUCCCUGUCCCACACACAUACACAUACACAAACACACACACUGAUGCUGCUGGUCAACUCAUCAACACAGUUUUCCACACUGUCCUUAAGUACAUUUUCCAGCUGAGUUUGUUAGCUUUGGCAGCAGCAGGGUGGUGUAGUGUGAAGCUCAGAGGGGACAGGCUCAAACUCGGCACAAGCUGCUGAAGAGCUGCGGCUCUGUGUUGACAAUAACACUCAAGAGUAUUUUUGUCCUGGUUCACAUUAACUUGGGCUGUGACUCGGUUCCCUAAAAUUGCAUCAAUGUGUCCCCCACUUGCAUCUUUUCUUGCAUCGUAGUCCUUCCAGCAGAGAGACAUGGUGGGAAACAAGGAAACAGGGGAAAGAGACAUCAGUCAUGCUUCCUUCUUAUGGAUGGUCACUUAAAGCACGUUUUUGUGCUGAUGGCAUCAGCUGAUUACAGAUGGAUCAGCUGUCAGUCAGCUUUGACAUUUGUUUGUGUCUACACAGCAUUUAGUCUGAUAAAGCACACGGUGAACAGGCUUCUUCUGUACGUCACCUAUAUAACCAGCUUAUAACCAUAUGUAUAGUUUUUACUGGUAAAUAGUGUCAUAAUUAUUUAAUACCUUCUUAAUAGGGCUGAGUGAUAAACUGAAAAUUUACAACAAUAACCAAUGUCAUUUUGCCCAUGUCAAAUAAAUAAAUAAAAGUUGGUUUUGGAUGUGUGUAGGUAGGCUAUGGUCUCAUGUCCCUUUAGGACGCUGUCCUACAUCAAAGACGUGACUCCACCCCAUCCAGUCCGUAUCAAAGAGGGAAAGACAGGUGAGGAGAUGGAGGACGGUUCAAAAGUUGGAGCGGCUGAAGUUGACGAAAUUAAUGUUGGAGGGGGUGAGCAGCUUGUGGAGUAGUUAUCGUCCAUUAAUCGUUACGAAGGUGAACUGCUCAAUAUAUCUUGAUAUUGAUGUGAUCGCCCAGCCCUAGUUCUUAAGUAUAUACAUUAUGUAUAUUUGGCACCAAAAGUUAUUUAUAAGGUUUAAAGUCUGAGUAAAAAUAACAAUCAUGUCACACUUUUCAAACCAAACACUCAUUAUUGAUCAGCAUUUUAUAAAAUAAUAGCCAUAAUGGUAAAUUUUAAGAGUUCAUCGCUAACAGUAAGACCUCUUUUCCUAACAGCGGGGCUAAAUUUUCUAAAUGACAUCAAACUGGAGAAAUCACUGAUAUCCUAAUGACUUCAUUCCUUGACUUCAUUCAGUUUUAUUUUCUUAGAUUGUCUGCAGUGUGUUGAGCUUCCUGUUUAGUAUCUCUACCCAGACCCUCUAAACUGCUGCUCAGUGUUUGACCCUCCUCUCCUCUUUCAUGGUGUGAAUAUUAACUCGCUCUCCAGCCGUUGGCCUCCUCCAUUAGAUAAAGCCUCCUUUAAGGAGCUCUGAGCUGUCAAAUAAAAAGGCCUCUGUCUCUGAGGAGAGGAAAAAGGAGGACACUCCAACUGUCUGCCACACUGCUCCACUUAUCUCUUUACAAACAGCAACAAGCCACAAACACACACACUGACCUCAACACUGAGCUGAUGAUGGAGCUGAUCCAAGGCCUCCUGGGUUUCUGUUUGGGCCUUACAUGAGACUUUGAUAAACUUCCUCAGAAGACUAGCCCUUGAAGGGGACUAAAGGUUUUUAUGAAGCUGAAAUUCAAGUUCAUCUCAAAUAGUCAUUUUUGUGUGAGGCCAACAAGAAAAAGAUGCAAAGACUCCUUUGAAGUAGGCCUGGGCGAUAUGGCCUCAAAUCAAUAUCACGAUAUAUUGAGCAGUUCACCUUGAUAACGAUAACUGGACAAUAACUACUCCACAAGCUGCUCACCCCCUCCCACAUUAACUUCACCUACUUCAGCCACCGCUCCAGCCGCUACAACUUUUGAACCAUCCACCUGUCUUUCCCUCUUUGUUAUGGACUGGAUGGGGUGGAGUCACGUCUCCAGCAUCUUAAAAGUACAUGAGACCAUAGCUUACCUACACGCAUCCAAAACCAACUUUCAUGUGGUGAUUUUUUUGACACCGAUAUGGGCAAAAUGACAUCAAUUAUUGUCAGAAAUUUCCGUAUCGGUAAAUUUUCAGUUUAUCACCCGGCCCUACUUGGAAGGGGUUGCAAGAUGUCAGUUUGAGGAUGACAUCUUGGUGUUAUUCAUGGUGCUUGAGGAGGCUCCAUCACCUAUACUGCACUUUGAAUGAUCUUGAGUGAGUGGAUUUGAUAAAAAGCAUUCCUUUAGUCUUUUUAGUGCUUGUUUUUGUUGUUUUUAUGAGCUUGAAUUUAUCUUGAAAAGAGGAAACCAUGGUCCCUGCGCAGUUUUAGGGGUCUAAAAGGACGGUUCAAUGACGAUUGAGGUUUUAAAGGGGGAAAGGCAAAGUGAGAACUCCUCAUAUCUCAUUAGGGCAGUCAUUUUUUUUGUUUAGUUUUUACAAAUAUUUAAUCAAUAUAUCUAGUGACCUUAUCACCCAGAAAGCAUCUGAUCAUGACACUUUGGAUUUUAAACUCAAGUUGUAAAUAGAAAACCGGUCUGUCUGUUUUCACUGUACUUCUAAAAAGAUCUCUUUCCCUAUUUCUUGGUAUGUUCAAAAUCCUCCCUCGGUUCUUUGUACCUCUUGUCUUAAAGUUUUUUUUAUUUAAUGAUGUGCGGCUCUUCCAGCUUUACCAGGUGUGAGUUUUUUUGUUUAUGAGUAAAACACUGUCUACAAAAAUGCAGAAACUCACUCCUGUAUCCUGAGCUCAAAGCUGUUUUUGUUCCAGGUGGAGUGGAAACAACACGUUCCAGGAAAUGUUCUUGUUUAGCCGUGAUUUAGUGUUAAAGUGGUGAUCACUGAAAUAUAACAACACACUUUUUUCUUCUCUGACAGGCUGGUAGUUGUGAUGUUGGUCUGAUCUGACCAGCUUCUCUGCUUCAUCACUACAUGUCCCAUGGAGCCUUGUACCGACACACACACUGUUGUACCAUGGAGCCACCAGCCAGGUAUGAGAGCACACAAUACACCAAUCAGUCAGUGUGUAAUGUCUGCAGCUUGUUUAUUGUGGUCACAUGAAAAACAUCACCGGUUGGCUGGCUCUGCUCCUCCUGAGUUUCUACACACACACACACACACACACACACACAUACACACUCAUAAAAAAUAAACAUUUCUGAGUGUAGGAGCACAGUUGAUUACUUCUUAAAGCUUGAUUGGACCCCAGUCUUCCUCCCCCAACCUCCUCCUUGGGAAGAUUAACCUGUGACCUCCGGGCUUGAGGCAGGGCUAACCAAUCAGAAGGCUUCCUGGCUUUUAAUUGCAGGUUCUGAUUGGGUCAUUUGAGCUGUCAUCUGGUUUGAUUAAUAACCAUAGUGCAGGAGAGCAGGAAGGGGGUGAUUACACUGAGCCGGGGGGCUGCGUCUGGAUUUCUGUGUGUGUGAGAUGAAGGUGAAGUCAUGCUCUGCAAGGAGAGUGUGUGUCAGUGUGUUUAUCUGUGCGAGUGCGAAAGGUGAAGUCAUGCCUUGAUGUGAAAAAAGUCAGCAUGUGUGCCUGCUUAAAAUUAAAAACUUUUGUUUUUUAUCACCCCAGAAAGUUGUCUAAAGUUCGGUGUUUGAAAGUUUAGAUGUGCAACAGUUACUUUUCUCUGUUAGUAAACCAAAGCACUGAUCAGCAUAUACGUGUCAGUGUGACGGCUCCAUCAAGUCUUCAAAUCCCCGAAAAAGUUUGAAUUUAUUUUACAUAUCUAUCUAAAGUUGUUGUUCAUUGUUACAGGUUUGGCUUUUCUGAAAACAAGAGACAUGAGACUCAUGCUGCAAAUGUUAUUUAGUUGUCAAUUAAUCCAAAAAUGGGUCUGUUUAAGACUAUGUUGCUCUCCUAAAAUGAUUCAUGCUGAACAGAUUAUCAACAUGUUUCACAGGGCUUGUUUUUAUCAACAAAGUGUGCAGUUUAAUAAAGGUUUAGAAAUGCAGGAGUAAAUACCCUCAACUGGUGAGAUACAGCAGUUCUCCAACAUGCUGUUGUAUCCUCAAGAUCCUAAAACUUGUGGACCGCACAAACUUUUGAUACCGCACUUUAUCUUGUCCACGAUGAGGUCAGUUUUUCCUUGGCCGUCUAAUCCCGCUGAUGAGUUUCCUAUAGGAACGUGAGGGUCUGUGGAAUUGAGUCUGUUCGCUGCCUUUUGUUUCAUGACGGCGUGACUCAAGUGUCUGAUUUUCAAACAGAGCCGUCCAGUCUGCAGCUCCAAAUCACUCCCAUAUGUUCCUCAGCAGCUGGGCCUGCCCCCUUCAACCGCCCUGCAUGCUUCUCUCACACACGAUCACAGCAUGGCUCAGAUUCCAAUCAGCGCCCGCAUGUUUUAAACACAACCUGGAAUACUAAUGGGAUCUUUGUAAAGUUUGGAGUUGAAAUCUACAGAGUCCAAAAAAAGUAUCACUCUUUAGUUGUCAUAUUAAGUUUUUCAGUCAGGACCUGCAUCCUAUUAAAGCUAAACAUGAUACAGUCAUCAUAUUUAAAACAGUAAGAAUGAUCAAUCAUAAUAAUGAUCAAUAAACUUAUUGUAUUGUAAUCAAGUUUGUUCUAUUGCCAAGUUAUAUACAGGAUAAAAAUAUAGCCGACCUGUUUCUAAAAGAGUUGGGUUUCUAGGUUUGGUAGCAAGAAUCAAGUUAUAACCAGACCUCUAACUGAUGCCCUUGUUCUCAGUUAUUUUUUGAAUCAAACUCACGUAUCAGUGAAGUUGUUUUGUGGAUAAAUGGGGUCAAACAUGAUGAGUUGUACUGGCUGCAAUAGUCAGUUCACUAAAUGUCAAGUCAAGUCCUGAGCUUCCGGUCAUCAAGUGCAAGUCUAAAGCCCCAGUCCCUUGGCUCACAUGAUCUUGCCAUCUGUGCCGCUGUGUGCCCUGAUGCCAGCACAGAGUUGGGGCAUCUGUAUCAUACUGUGACAUCCAUAUCAAAGGAAAGACCCUACAAAAGCAUAAAUGUAUCGCUAUGAACUGGCAACAUCAGAAGGGCUAUUUGUUAAUUGUAGAUUAUGUCACUAAAGCUUUCUGUGUAUGUCAGGAUUGAAAUUACUACAAUAAUGACAGCGCUGUGGGUCAAUGGGGAGACACACUCAUCAUUUCUGCUGUGGUGGAAUCACUGCAGGGGUCUGAUCUAGGGCUGGGCGAUAAACCAAAAGUUUACCGAUACUGAAAUUUACAACAAUAACCCACGUCAUUUUUCCCAUGUCAAUAUAUUCGGUGUCAAAACAGUUAAAAGUUGGUGUUGGAUGUGUGUAGGUAGGCUAUGGUCUCAUGUCCCUUUAAGACGCUGUCCUACUUCAGAGACAUGACUCCACCCCAUCCAGUCCAGAGGGAAAGACAGGUGACAAGAUGGAGGACGGUUUAGAAGUUGGAGCGGCUGGAGCGGCGGCUGAAGUAGACGAAGUUAAUAUGGAAGGGGGAGAGCAGCUUGUGGAGUAGUUAUUGUCCAUUUAUGGUUAUGGAGGUGACGUGCUCAAUAUAUUGUGAUAUUGAUUUGAGGCCAUAUCGCCCAGCCAUAGUCUGAUCAACUCAAAAUACCUUCAGCCGACCUGAUUAUGUUCAGAAAUUUAACAGACUAAACAUCUUAGACCCUGUGACUUCUUCUUGUUAGCUCCUUGGUGUAUUGAACGUAUCGCUCCAUUGUUACUUGGUAUUAGCCAUAAAAAAAAGAAAUUAAAAGCAAAAAGCAUAAUCCCUGGUACCUCAGGUGAAUACAUGCCCUAUUCAAAAUAAAUUCUGAACUGAAGGCCUUCAACUAAAGAACAAACAAAACAGUCUUCAGAGAAUAAACAAGUUGAAGUCCAUCUCCACCGUCCAACUCCACAUGCAGUCAAGCUUAGGUCCAAGUCCAAGUCCUGAAGAUUAAGACUAAAGUUGUAUUUGAGUCAGAAUCAAGUACAACCUCACUGGUGUGAAGGGAUGUCUGUACAGAACCGAGUAUAUGAGGAGUGUAAAUCUUUACAGCACUCUCUAUGGUCGGUCUGUGUUUCUACACUACUUUUAUCAGGAACUCAGGCAGCUGGUCAUAAAUUCCUCAAACACUACUCUGACUGUUUACAAGUCUCUGUUAAGAGUGUUCAGUCAUGCCUUAAGUCUUUUGUUUUAGACUUAAAAAAAUUUGAAACUAUUUUCCGUCUUACUUUUUAAUGGUCCCUUUUAAUUACACAUUGCAAGCACACCAAAGUCAGAAAAAUUAGACAAUGAUCUAAAAGUCAGGCUAUACCUGAGGUCUCAUUUUCAACUCAUGUUAUAGGAGGUUCGCUUUUGCUCGCUUUUGUUGUGGUUUUGACAUGAAUGCUACCCUCGCCAUUUCAUCCAAAUCCUUCUCCAUUUCGACUUUUCACCUGCAAACACUAUUUCUGAGUUUAUUUCUCCCCUUUUCUGUAGCCUCAAAGACUUGAACUUUUAUUUCAUACCUUCCUCUUGCUCUGAAUAAAUCUGUAAUUUUCUACCUCCUGUAUUUCUCAGCUUCCUUCCUUGUAACACACACACACAAAAAACACACACACACACGCUCACAGACGAACACACUGGACCACCUAUAUCGUUGUGUGGACCGUGCUCGGCUCUGUGGCCUGGCUGAAGUUUCCAAGAUGACACGGUGGAUGAAACCAUCCGGCCUCCCUGCACGGAGUCCAGUCUCUGACCAGACCACCCACCCACGCGUACACACAGUCGCGCUCUCACACACCUCUCUCUCUCUCUCUUUCUCUCAGUCUCUCUCUUUCCUAAUUAGGGCCAAUGAGCUGUCUGCUACAGUUACCGAUAUUUUUUAAUUCAACGUUUUGAUGCCUCUGGGGAAAGUUGUCUGAGCUCCAGUUCUUCCAGUUUCCACUCCUUCACACUGGGAUCACACCAGUCCAGACUGCUGCGGCUCCACUGCUGCAGAUGAGGCAGAAAAUGACCCUCUCGAAACAGAAAAAUCAACCAGCCGAGCAGAAAACAACUGGCUCUAGAUGAUGAGGCUGCACAGAUGACAUCAGGUUAAAUAUGGCCGACAGCAGAUAAAGGCAAGAACGUAAUUAACUGGGUGUGAGGAGGGCGGGGCUUAUCAUGAAACUUCCUGUGUCUGGGAAACGUGUCACAGUGUUGCUGUUCCCACAGAAAGCGGGGACACUAUCAGGGCUGCAGUUUCCUGGAGUACAGAGUAGGAUGUAUGUGUUGCGUGUUUGUGGUGUCCGUGUGUGUUAGGGUGUUUUUUUUCCAUUACCUGAUACCCACAUUCCAGCAGCAGGGUGGAAAAGGAGAAAGGAAAAGGGCAAAGGAGUCAGGGAAAUGGAGGAGUAGGAGGGGGUUGUCAGUGAUAAGUGGCUAAGAUCGUUACACCGUCUUUACAACAGAGAAGACUGAGAUUAGUGGGAAAAAUAUCUGUUAAGGUAACUCUGCUGUCAGGGCGGGUCAGUACUCUCAGCUCAGGAGACAUAACACAAAAUUCACAAAAACAGGGCGAGAUAAUGUUAACAGUGUUUUUAAGAGAGCUUCAAGGAUGAGAUUUAUCCUCUGAGAAAUAGUCUUAUACCCAAGUCAGGAAAAUGCAAAACAGUGCAUACUCUUCUCAAAAUGCUUUUAAAGAAUCUAGUGGCAUCCAGAAAUCAGCUCUACUCAAUGACAGAGGAUGAAUGAAUUUGAGAUGUUCCUUCACACUGUGGAGAGGGGAUGCUUAAUCAUAAAUACAAGUGGACAAGACAUUCAACAAAACACAAAACAGGCAGAGCAGAAACAAACAAACAAAAAAAAAAAAACAAGAGCAAGACUGAAUAAAAUAGGAAGUUCAUCCUCGGCCACGACUGGAUAACAUUUCUAUUAAGUCAAUACUAUUCCCAAGUACUGAUAUCUCAUGCUGUUUACAUGACCUGACUGUCGGCAGUUUAUAUGAACUCUUAGUUCCUUGUAUCUGCUGUAGAUAUUCAUGGCUUGUAUUUGUAGUAUUGAUCUGUUUUUUCUUUGAUACUUUUUUUAACUCAUGACAUAAUCAUCUGUUGUCAAUGAUUUAGAUAAUCAACCAAGAGGUGAAUUCUGUUAAAAGCUCAGAUACAAAGACAGAAAAUGAAGGGUAUCAGAAGAAAAGCCACAGAUUAGGUGUGUGUUAAAAAAUAUCGUAAAAAAGGAAAAGCGGUGAAUAAAAUGAUUCUAAGAUUUCCCUGUUGUUUUCCUCCGCUCAUGUGUUAUCAUCCUCUCCUGCGUUUUCUUAUUUGUUUUUGUCCUUUUGUUUUCCCCCUUUUAUUAACAAACCAAAACUACAUUACCCAGACAUCUCUGUGCACAAUAAUUUCAUUACACUUGGUCCGCCAAAGUCUGUGAUUCCAGGAACAGUUUGCUCUUCACAACUAUGAUCAGCUGUCAGCAAACAUCAGACAAGGAGCGUGUUGUGUUUUUUUUUGUUUGUUUUUUUUUAGUGCCUUCAGCAGCUAUUGGUUGAAUACUUUCCAAAGUGGACAUUUUACACAAUUGGUUAGAGCAACCAAACUGAGCUGACAUUGACUUGGGCAGAUGUAAGAUGACACACAAGACAUUUCUGAGGAUAGAAGGAGAAAGAAAGUUUAGGUUAGGGUUAGGUGGAUUGAUGGAAACCAAAUUCAUGCCUUUUGUGGAAAAGCCUCCAACAAAAAAACACAAAGAUCUGGACAUGCAAAAGCUCAACAUUUAAUUUUCUUGUUUCUCAUUUUCCCCGUGACCUUCUUCAUGUGUUAAGGUCCUUACACACAGGGGCCAACGUGAAUAUAGAACUCGAAAUAAGGAAAUAUUCGGAGGCGAAAUUUGACGCGCCUGACUAAACAGUUGGGGCGAAAUACCAGAUAAGCACAUGAACCUAUGGUAACAACCGUUAGCUUACGUUAGCACAGAUGAAAGUUAAAACAAAGACGUUUAGCAAACUGUUAAAGCACACAAACCACAAGUUGUCCUUCAGGUUGUUAUCUUUGUAAUGUUUGUGUCUAUUAUCAAAAAGCACUCUGUUCUCCAACACGUAAACAAUCGGCCGGUCGGCCAUGUUGGAUAUACCGCAACAACACGCAAUCUGAUUGGUCAGAAGUGGACACACAGUAUGCAAAACUUAAAAAAAAUCGACCGUGAUCGGAAAAAAAUAAAUGCUGCAAUAUCGCAGGACGGGAAAACGUCGCUGAUGUGAACGCUUGUAUUGACAGGAUACGGGUUCAAAAACACAUUGACGCCAAAAUGGUCGCACAACAAAAAUGGUCCCGGUGUGAAAGAACCUUAAAUCUCAAACGUCAGAUCCCUCAUCUUCAUCUUUUCAUCAGCUGUCUGUAAACAUGAUUCUGAUUUUAGCUUUCUCUCAAAAGUUCAACCUGCAACUUUGUGCUGCUGCUGUAUGGAGAAGAUGUCUGUUGUGUUGGAUACAGGACUGAGCAUAUAAGUCAACAGUUAGCAGUUACAUAUAUGAUGAAUGUGUGUGUACACUGAGUAAAAGCCAUAAAACUUGCUACUGGGGAAGGCACACAGUUAGCUGGUUGUUGGGUUGAACUGGGAGGAGAGCGUUGGUAACCCUCAUCAGUAUAAUUUAUGAUCUUAAUGUUGUUUUUAUGGUCUGAGUGUGUUUGUUUUAUGACUCAGCUGUGGGACAAAGGGAUCCCUGCGCCAGUGAUGGAUAGACCUGUUUCUAUGGCAAUAGAGUAAUUAAAAUCACCUCAAGGGAACCUCAUUGUGCCACUUUAUGGCUUUAUUACAGUGUGACCAGGCUCAAUGUCUGCGUCUCUAUAUGGAGUGUCCGUGGGGCAGCUGAUUGUGUAUGAAGUCAAAGUGUUCCCUCUCUCUGGUGGUUCAAACCCAUGUUGCGCCCCGUGGAUGCUGGGUAAUUUGUUCCGCUAUAACUUAAUAAGCAUUGAGGGGAAGCUGAUGAAGUAAAUGUUCCUCCUCCAGUUUGUAGCUGCAGCUGCUCAGCAGAUCUCCUGUUAGCUUCUAAUGAAAUUAAGCUUCACUGCUGCCCACUCUGUCUGACACACACACAAACAAAUAAGAGGAGGCUGUGUGUGAGUGUAUAAGAGAGAGUAGUGAAACAUGAAACAUGAUAGGUUCUUCCAUACUGCCAUUUCAAGGCUGUUCAUGCCUCUGUUACACCUCAUCUGGGUUGUGUCAGGCACAGAGACAUGAUGUUUGGGCAAAGAUGUCCCUCCUCUGAUCUUCUCUUGUAGCGAGGUGUAAAUUUAUUAGCUUGAGGGUUUAAGUUUCCCCAUAUCUUUGCCAGUGAUGUGGAUAUAUUUUGGCUGUGGAAAAACAGAUUUAAGAUUGUUACAUUGGACAUCGGAAGUUUUACAUCAACACCAUUUUGGAUGUCUUAUGUCCAUGAAAGAAAACAAUGAUCAACUUUGCUCAGGAAUCAAAUAUAGUAGUGUAACGAAAUAACGUGGACACUUGACCCCACAGCCUCCCAGUUUAGAACCCUUAAAACAUAAACCAGAUUCUUGUCUGUGCUGCAGGUCUGCUUGUGUGAACCAAGAUGUUUCUACACAGUGGAUAGUUAAUCUUGUAAUUAGUCAGAAUGUAAACAACUUUUGUAUACAGAAGUAGCUGAUGAGACUUUAAUCACCAAGAUAUUCUACAUAUUUAUUUCUGUAUUUUCAGAGAUUUUAUACCGCAAGUGAGAAGAAAUUACUUUCUUCCAAAUAGAAUAAUUAAAGUCAAUGUUGUUGAUUUCUUUCCUGUGAUGCCCGUUAAUUCAAGAUGUCUCUACUUUUUUGUUUCUUUCGAGUAGUCCAAAGCUCACCUUUGUAAUGUGGUGUGUUUUACAAGCUUCUCAGCGUAGAUUAGCAUUGAGAUUAAUUUUUGGAUUAAAUAAAAGUCGAUAAGGAAGAAGAGGAGGCAGAAGAUGCAAGGAUGAAGAGGCCCGCAGCAUUGCUCACCAAGGCUCGGGGUAUUCUGGGUAUUCUUAUGCUAAUCCAUCGCUGUGGAUGAGGCGCAGAGCAGCCAAGCAAACAAUGGCAGUGGAGCCAGAAAGUCUGGCCUGCAGUCUCCCAGGCCCUGAAAGGCAUGUCGGGCAGGGCGCCGACACCAACGGGAGGCUGCUGCAGCACCCAGAGGCCCGCCUGCAAGGAGGGGCCCCUGGAGGGGAUGGGGAACGGGGCCAAGAUGGAGGGAGAGAGGAGAGGGGUGGAGAAAUGAGAAGCAGCAGUGGGGGGAGACUAGUGCGCAGAGAGAAGGAAGAAGGGAGAAAUGAGAAAGGGUAAGAAACAAAUGAAGAAAGGUAAUACAAGAUACAGAAAAGUGACAGAGAAAAAAAAGAGAGGGAAGGAGAGACUGGACCUGAGAGACAGAAUUCAAGAGGGCAAAAGGGAUCAUUUCAAUGAGAGGGAAAAGAAGAACGCAUGUAUUACUGCUAUACCAUUACUGCUCUCAUAAAGUCUUCUUCUAUGGUUUUGUAGCUGUCAAAGUAAUUGAGAGAAAAGUUACUGCCGUAGGAAAAAGCCUGACUGCUGCAAGAACAGCCCAUACAUUUUUGAAAUCACCAUAUCUUUCGUACUAUAAGGCGCACUUAAAAUCCUUUUGGCUUGUCGGAGCACUGCAGCUACCGUAGCCUCGCAGAGUAAUUGAAUGAGUUACAUAAAGUUUGCCUUAUCUGGCUGUUUUGUUUGGCUUAAUGCGUCCUAUGUAUGAAAAUAGACGUGAAUAGACGCGUUCAUUAAUGGUGCGCCUUAUAAUCAGGUGCGCCUUAUAGUGCGAAAAAUCUGUUUUAAUGCAUAAUCUACUCGCAGGGUGGCUUUGAUUGGUAGAGCCAGUCGUCUCCUAAUCGGAAGGUCAGGGUUUGUUCCCAGGUCCCACUGCCUACAUGCCGUAGUAUCCUUGGGGGAGACACUUGACCCCAACCUGUCCCUGCUGACUGCACCUGGUAGUGUAUGCAUCAGUAUUAGUUAAGUCUGAUGGAUGCUAGGGCUGUAAAGUCCUGGUAGACUGGUUGCCUUUUUGGUCAAUACAUGCGGAGUCGACCAAAAUUCUGAUUGGUCGACUCUAUUUUUUUUCUGCGUCAAUUAACAGUCUAUGAUUAAUUUCAUCAGGAGGAACGUACCAAGUGUUUAAUGGGGGUGUCUUCAGAGCACCACUGUUUCACAGGUAACAGCCUGUCUCUGAACAUCCCCUUUUUUUUUCACCAUUUUGGAUUCACCCAACCCACUGGGGACUGACUAGAGACAGGAAGAUUGAAGAACGUCCACGUUAAUCAACAUCCGGUGGUUUGCUGAAUAUUUCUUUUUAUUGUUCAAUGCUUAUUGUUUUAAUUUAUUGUGCUGAUAUCAGUAUAUUUUCAACCCGCUGAGCUUCGUUGCUGUCAGAGUCUGAAAAAUCCCCCCCGAUCAGUGGAUUUUUGGCAGAGAAUUUCAGGGUUUUAGUCGACCAAGAAUUUCUUCAGUUGAUUAUAGCCCUAAUGGAUGCUUUACAUAGCAGCCUAUACCAUCAGUGUAUUAAAAUGUUGUGAAUGAGUGAAUGUGACUGGUAAUGUAAAAAGUGCUUUGAGUGAUCAGAAGACAAAAGAAAGUGCAAUCCUCAGGUUCUGUCCCUUUUCAGCAAGCUACUGAUGAACCUUGUUGUGGUUGGCCUGUUACAUCACAUACCAAAACAGUCAGCAAACAAAUCAACAAGAGGUCAACUGUUGCAGGCCAAAAACAUGGACGGUUUUGUAGCUCUGCAUGUUUCUAAAUCUGUGACACUGUAGAUGGUAUAGAUGAGAUGCACGCUAUCUCUUUGGCUUAUGGUCAGAUCCAGAUGCAGACAACAACACCGGCUCUCUCCCCAGCCUUUCUGCUCUAGUGCUGUUCGACUGUUGUGUAUGCACAGGACGUCUAGACCAGCCUGGGCUGAUGGAGGUUUAUACAUGUGAGAGAAAAUCAAUCCCAACCACAUUAUAAAAAGAUAAUUAGUUUGACUUCCAGAAAAUUGACUUAAUGUGAUUUCAGUCAGACAAGCAUGUUUACAUAAGGUAAACUGAGUGUUACAUACAAAUGCAAUACACAAUAAUCAAGGCCCGUCUUAAGUGUUAACUCUCUGAAUCCUUUUCUAGGCAUUUAAAAACAGCAUUUUAUUCCUAACUUCUUACUUUUGAAUAUUUGCUUCCUUUCUCCAUUGAACAUGUAUUUAGAGAGUGUCCCUGGGCUCUGUACAAAACAAGACCAAUAAAGAAGUCACAUUGAGCUCUUGGAAACUUUUGGUCAACAUUUUCUCAUUGACAUUUUAUAGGCUAAAGAUCAGUCAACAAAUACUCUGUUGGCUGAGAGGGCAGGGAUGAAACAGUAAUGCACGAAAACAAACCUUGCUGCAUUUCUUCUCAGCUGUUGUGUAAGUAUUCUCCUUCUUGCCCAGUUCAGAUCUCGAUCUCCCUCAUUACUGCAUUUAUUUGUAGAGCUCAGGAGCUGUCGGAGUGCGCUGCUCCUCCAAUCAGGCCUUUGAGUCGUUUAUUUAGUCUGCCGCCAUUCUUCCAGAGCAGGAAGUGGAGACGCAUUAAGGCCUGAUUAUUGAUGUCUGGCCCCUUAUGCUGCAGCCCGUCCUGGGAUUGAGGUGGGGGGAAAUGACAGGGAUGGAUUAUUAAUGCGGGUAACCCCCAUUACCCCUAGCAAGGCAGAGUGUCAUUUUACAACCUGUAAUAGGUCUUUGAGGAGUGGUGAAGGUAGUGAAUCAAAUCUGGACACAGUGUGCUGUUCUUCAGAGGGAGUGUUUACAAAACCUUUCCCCAACAAACACAUUUUAGUAGUUAGAGUUUUUUAAAAGCACUUUUGCACCAUUUAUCUUUUAAAUUUGUGAAAUAAUCUCGAAGUCGUUUCACACUCUGAGUAAGUUGUGCUGGCCUUUUUUUCUGUUAUUGAUUAAUCUUGUGAUCAUGGUGAUACAAUUUCUAGAAUUUCAUGUAUUCAUCACAUCUGACAGCAUACACAGUACACGUAUGUUAUUUACCUUUGUCUACAUCGACUGUUGGGGAGUGUUUUCCUUUUCCUAUUAUGUUAUAAUGACAAGUAAUUCCCCUCAUCAGCAUCAGUGGUGAUUCAAGUCUGUUUUCAAUCCUAUUCAUAUUUUUAAAAAAUCUGCAAAUUAUGACACAAAAAAAUGGCGCCACAAAUACUUUUGCUUGAUUGAAUACCAUAUUUUACCAAUUAAUCACUGGGCCACAAAUAGCCGCCUGGUCCUUUUAAACCCUCGGGGUCAGCACCCUUUGUGCAUAUUAAACGCCCAUCCGAGUAACUGUCGGUGCGAUUAUUUGCACAAUUAUUUUUGCAGAAGUAAACAGUUGGCGCUUCAGUUUUCUGUCAAAAUAAGAGAACUAGCUAACGUUAGAAAAAGGGUGUACCGUAAUCUUGAAUGACCGUCUACCUUUUAUUUUGAUACAAAACUGAAGUGUCCAAGGGAACGACUCGCAGCGCGCCAAUUUGCCCAAAGAUCAAUGUUCAUAUACAUAAUCUGUGAGGCUGUUCAUCACUUUCUGGAGAAACACUUUGAAGCCCAGAAAUGGUGGAUAUAGGAAAUUGUGCUUUCAAUUAGAAACAGGCGAAGAGUUGGAGCAAAGGUGGAGACUGUCCCUGAAAUCAGCUACAACUCGAUCACCUGUUUGUCAACUUUGUCCUGCCCCUAAUUCUGUCAAUGAAGCAGAACUUUUCCAAAUAUAUAGUAUGUCAACAAAUGAUCUCAAGUGGACAUUUUAGGAACUGCAGUAUGUUGUCAGCUCAUUCUUUUCUUUUUUUUUUUAAACACAGGGGUUAAGGAUUGUUAAGUUCCCAUCUCUGACAACAAUUGACUUAUACCUGUAACCCUGUGUUAAACCUUUUAAACUAAGCGAACAGUCUGCCAAUUGAUAACCUGAUUAAACCUUGAUUGAAGUUGAUCAAACCAUUAUCCUUGAUAGUUAUUCUUAUGAGAAUUGAACCUCCAUCCCUGUUUGUGCCUUGCUGAGUUAAACUAGCUGAAAGAUUCACAUAGGCUGUGGUCAUGAAGCACACAGAUCCAGGUAAUAAUAAAAGAAAUCCCAUUGUGUUUCCUUUCUCAAUCUGCUCAUACAGACUGCUGCACUCAUGGCGGAGUAAUAUCAUUUUACAUAACUGUUUUACUGGCCGGCUACCUCUCAAGCCAAAUGAAAAGUUAUUAUACUCAGAAGCACAGAGCUUCUAUAAAAGCCUCUAAAGAGCUCUGUUUCUUCUACCAGUCUUAACCUACUGCUUGGGUUUCUAUCCCACCAAAUUUCCCAGCAUCCCUGGAGCGGUGUGACCUCAAAUUCCUUCCCCUGAGGGGGGGCCAGUUAUGGCUCAGUGGCUCCCUAUAAGGGCGGUUUAUUCCGUACAGGUGGGACCUCUAACAAUACCUCCUUUCAUUCCCGACACGCUGAAUGUUCCUUCUCCAAGACUCUGAUGUCAUGUCGGGCUAGCCAAAGCAGCUACGCUACAUUAACUGCUGUUAGCGGAGGAGGUGAGCAGAGGAGGGGGGGAGACAGGACGCCAGAGGACAGACUAGUGUGUACAAAAAAUACACAAGUGAAACCCUGCAGAAGUCUGUAAACAUCAAUAUGGACUUUUAAAAGUCAGACUGGCGGGAUGGAAAGUCCUUAGAUCAGAUAACAAGCAGCUUUUAUAACAUGCCUUCAUUUUUGAUCAGUGGAACCUUCAUUUACUCCAAAUCUAUUCAUAUAUCAGCAUAAAAAGAUAUGUCCAUUAUUAAAUGGAUGGGUAUUCAUCAAACACAAUAAAGCUUCAUUUUGAGGAAAUUUACAGUGUUGGUCUGUUAAAAGGACUAGAUUAAGUAUUUGAUAUUAAUCAGCAACAAUACACCACUUUAUAAAAUCUUCUCCAUGAAUAAUGUUUUCAGACCAUCAAAGAUCGGUCAUUGACUACAAUUUUUUAAAUGUUUUCUUUCUUUCUUUCUUUCUUUCUUUCUUUCUUUUCCUUUAAGUAUAUUUUUCUUAACAUUCUUUCUUCCUUUCUCUUUUAUAUUCUUCCUUUCUUUAUAUUCUUUUUCUUUAUUUCUUCAUAUUCUUUCUUCCUUUCUUUAUAUUAUUUCUUUCUUUAUAUUCUUUCUUCCUUUCUCUAUAUUCUGUCUUCCUUUAUAUUCUUUCUUUCUUUCUUUAUAUUCUUUCUUCCUUUCUCUAUAUUCUUUCUUUCUUUAUAUUCUUUCUUCCUAUCUCUGUAUGCUUUCUUUCUUUCUUUCUUUAUAUUCUUUUUUUCUUUCUUUCUUUCUUUAUAUUCUUUCUUCCUUUCUUUAUAUUCUUUCUUUUUUUACAUUCUUUCUAUCUUUUUGUUUGUAUUCAUUUAUUCAUUUAUUCAUUGAUCUCAAACUUUAAGAACAACAAAAAAACACCAAGCAAAAUAAUACAUAUGUACACCAAACAACUGUACAUGUCAAAGAUAAAUUUACGCUAACAAAUUCAUGUCAAAAACAAACAGUUUGAGAAGGAACAGAAUGAAGCAAAGAGCUUAAACUUUGAUGCUUUAUAGAUUGCAGCUAAUACAGUAAAAUAGUAAUAAAUUUCAGAGCAUAAAUGUGCUUUGCCCUAAGGGUUAAAAAAUAUAGAGAACAUUUUCUACAGGUCAGUCUGAUUUUCCAAAUGUAAGAUGGGGACCUCAGUUUGCCUUGGGGGCUGAGAGGUUGUCUGUGUAAUCACAACAUCAUCCCUGGUUUGGGUUUAAGUCUUUCAUACCAGAUCUGGCUCUUCAUUUCCUGUCAGCUCUGUCCUGUCUGACUUGCACAUACUCAUAAAUUCAUCUGAAGUGCCAGAAGAACAGUGUUGUGAUCAGCCAAAAACAGGUUCAGUACUGUACGACGACGACCCUUGUAUCCUGGGCGUCCUCUAUUUAAGCGUCUGGGUAAAAGUACUCCACCUAUAAGGAUGGAGAUUGUCCUUUUUUAUUGAUACUGAGUCCACUAUACAGAGUUUUUAAUGAUUCGGGAAACGGGAGACUUAGGGGCAGUAUCGACAUUUAAUAUGUUUGGGUUUUUAAAAUGUAGAACCAGGAUCUCAACAAAACUGUGUUUGAUCCCUACUUCACUCUGCAGCUUGUGUUGAAAGUGUCAGAAGUCUGUUUCAUACACGGCAUUUUCUGUAAUAUUUUAAGGUCUGUUGUUUUAAGGAACUUGUUCACAAAUUGACCUCACAGUGAGAGGUUUUCUCUGUCAUACUCACUUACAACAACAGACUGUGUUUGGUUUGGGUGAGGGCUCUGUGUGCAGGAGGAGGUGGAGUCCCGUGUAAUGGUGACUGUUUUUAUGUUUACAUUACAACAUGUCUAAGUACGUUUCGGCUGAUACAACAGACAUAAUGCUGACAGCCAGGCUGAGCAGUUGCAUUAUAGAGCAGAAAAACCUACUCUGAUCAUUAUGAACCACGCCAUCACUCCACCCACUCUCUCCUACCUACAUUAACACAUUAGCCCACCCUCAAUAUUUCACUUGAGGGAUGGCACACUUUGUCGUUUGCUGGCAUGACAUUGCGUUUGUUCUAAGAUUAUAACAUGAAGCCCACCUGGACGGUGCUGGGAGCAGCUAUGCAGUGCAUAUGCAGAAAGAGCUAGAGGUUGAGCAGUUCAGAAGCUCAUUGUGAUACCCAACAGUAGGGCUGGGUGAUAUGGCCUCAAAUCAAUAUCACGAUAUAUUGAGCAGGUCACCUUGAUAACGAUAAAUGGACGAUAACUACUCCACAAGCUGCUCACCUCCUCCCACAUUAACUUGUUUACUUCAGCCGCUACAACUUUUGAACCGUCCUCCAUCUUCUCACCUGUCUUUCCCUCUUUGUUACGGACUGGAUGGGGUGGAGUCAUGUCUCUGAUGUAGGCCAGCAUCUUAAAAGUACAUGAGAUGAUAGCCUAGCUACACACAUCCAAAACCAACUUUUAUUUGUUUAUUUAUUUGACACCGAAUAUAUUGAUAUGGGCAAAAUGACGUUGGUUAUUGUCGUCAAUUUUGCUAUCGACAAAUUUUCGGUUUAUCGCCCAGCCCUACCCCACAUACCUCCUAUUUCCUAUCUCCUGUGCCUCAUAGCUGUAGAUAACAUGAGCAUCUACACUCCUCAUGACAUUUGAUUAUUAGCAGAUGUGAGCUCCAGACAGCCUAACCUGCCAUGAAUGUUGUAAAUGUAGCACUCGGUAUCUGCAGAACAUGAGUUUGCAGAAACAAGAUGCUGUUAUCUGCAUUCAGGAGACUGAUCUACUGUUCUGUUAGAAGAAUGAGUUUGUUGUUCGAAUGUGAAGCAGACCAAAGGAUCAGAGACAAGUUAAAACAUGAGGACAAGAAGGAAGAGGAGGAGGGGGAGAAGGAGGAGUGAAAGUUACACUACACCGACACUGCGCUGGUGGAGGAAUCCUGCUCCCGAGGACAGUUUUUUAACCCCUUUUUUAUUACAUCUCUAGAAAUACACUUCACAAUUUACAUGCUUUCCGUGUGUCUCACUUUCCCAGUGCCCUAAAUGGUUUUAACUGCAUGUAGUGAUAACACUUAGUCUCCAUAUGUGUGUGUAAAGUCGUCAUGCCUUGUGUUUUCAAAGGGAAGUGGAUGUGUUGGGUGAUUUGCAAAAGGGUAUGUGUGUGUUUGGGAGAAGGGGGCGGGGGAGGGGGGGUCAGCUUCCUGUCUUGGGGGCUCACAACAGACGGUCCUUCCUGAACCUGCCUCAUCUUGCCCUCCCUCCCUCGCUCAGCCUGAAUGUCUGAAUGUGUCUUUGUGUGUGUAUGUGUGUUAUCUACUGCUGCUGUUGUUGUUGUCAGUCUGUAAAUGGAGCAAAGAGCCACAAACAAACAUCAGGAUUUGUUGUGGCAGUGAGGUGAAGAUAUUUCCACUUACCGUUAUCGACACACUGACGCCGAUACACAGACAAGUGUGUGUGUUUAUGUGGCCCCUGCACACUCUGAAGUCACUCCCUCAGUUACUGCACUACUCUCACACUCUUCUCUCUGUCUGUUAUUGCCUUUGUCUAUUCUGCACAAUUCCUGACCUGGACUCUGCACCUAUGAUUGAAAAAAGUACUCUUGUCCUUUUUUACAAUCAAACUUUUACAUUCAAAUCAGACAGCACAAUGGGGUCUGACUAAACCAGGGCUGGUCUGUGUUAGUAGCAUCAUUUCAUGGAGGACAACUGUGCACAAUCACUGCAUCAAAAAGUUUCGUUGUAUCAAUGUCUAAGCGCCACAAAUGUAACAUAGAGAAAUACCAAGUAUAUAGGCUAAUGCACCAAUCAAACACCAUAACCAAUUAGCCCCCAAAACAGCUGGUUUUAGUUAGUUUUAUUUAGUGUAAUAAAAGAAUACCUGAGAUACCAGCAGAGACUGUAAUCUUAGUCACACAGGCAAAAUGUCAGCACUGUGGUCUUUCAAUCAUACUACUAUUACAGGGAUAUUUGGUGUUUGUCAAUGUUGAUUGAUUGUUUUAGAGUCUGAAUCAGAAAAUACUUGUUAUAAUUGCAUCCUUUGCAGAGAAACAAAAACAAGAUUAGUUGCCCUUUAUUCUGUAGUUUCAAAACAGGUUAAUAAAGGUUGUUUUAAUCACCGGCUUACUUGAGCUAGAGUGUGAGUCAUGGUUAAUCCUGUCCUAUGAGCUGAAGUCAAAGCUUCCAAAAGGUGCAGUUUUUGUUAAGCACACCUCUGGUUGGUAAAAGAAGCAAAAUAGCAAAGAUGCUAGCACCAAAGAACUUAACUUGUUGCAUCACUGUUGUCACAGAUUACAUAUGUCACUUAACAAGGAAAGAUGCUCAGUGAUGUGUACAGCAAAGUGAAAUCUGACCUUUGGCACCGUCUGCUGCUGCAACAAAGAGAACAAGUUCAUAGUUUAUGAACUUGUUGAAGGACUUUCCCAGGGAAAAGUCUUCCUUGGGAUGCAUCUUUUUCCCCUAGGAAAGUCACAUCGGGCUUGAUGUGUAUAGUCAGGCGCAUCAAAAUUUGCCUCUGAAUAUUUCGCGUUCUGUACUCGCGUCGGCCCUGGUGUGUAAGGGCCUUUAGAGUCAUCCUCUAAAGAUGCCAUUGUUGAGAAGAAAAGUUACUCAACAUCUGUCCAUCCAAAGUGAGGUCACACAAUUAAGCCGAUGUGCAAGGUAUGUCGAUGGCUGGUGCCCUCAAAAACCGGCAAUACACCAGAUCAGUUGUAUCAUUUGAAGAAAUACCCCCUGAGUGAUUAUAUGGAAAGCAUGAAAACGUGAGCGGAGUCUGCACAGCUUGCCGAUAUAUAUCUUCUUUUUUUUUUGCCAAAUUGCCCAGUCCUACGCUGAGUUUAUGAUCUCAGGUUUUUACUUUAUGCAUAAGGAGGUCAAAUUCAGACUGCAUCAUAUUGGGACCAAAAAAAAAAAAAAGAAUAAAUUGAUCAUUUGACCUUCUGUAAUGUUUAACAAAAAGAGAUAAUAGUGCAUAUUAUGUACUUAAAUUGUAAUUUUGGUCUCCUUCUUUAACCAUUCCAUCCUCUACAAUUGUACUUUUAAUCUUUAUAAAUGAUCACAGUCACAGGCUGGACCUCAACCUUUACCAUUCUCAUAUUUUAAAUCUGAGAAUUAAUAUAAUUUGUCCUCACAGAGAUACAUGAAAGGGCUUCACUAUCAAACACACACACACACACACUCAUUAUUUCAUACAUCCACUCAGUCUUAAACUUGGCACUGGUCCACGCACUUUCCCAUCCUACAAGUACCCCCACCCCACCCCCCCGCAGAAAGGAGGCAAUACACACAUCCACACACUUAUUCACACACUCGUCCUGUGCUCAGUGUGUGUAGUUGUGAGUCUUUGUUCUGUGCCUCUUCAACCAGAGAUGUGUGAAAAGUGGGUCACAGGUCGGACCUCUUUGUCCCCCCAAGGCAAAUGAAAAGUGACAGACACCGGCCGGGCACUGCCACUAAUUCAUCUUUGCACACACACACAUGCACACACACAUACACUCUCCCUCUCUCUAACUCUAACUCACAAACACACACUCACUCACACACACACACACACACACCCUUUCCAUCCCUUCGGCGCCCACUAAUUGCGACAUGCCGUUGCUAGCGCUGCGUAGGGCCAGCGCCGGUAAUUGCAGAACAUCCCUGGACAAAUAAUUUGGUAGUUAGUCAGACUGUUGGAGGCCAGCACAGGGCCAACAGGGGUCAACAGGUCAUAGUGCCCUGAAGACGAGAGAGAGAGAGAGAGUAAGAGAGAGAGAGAGCCUCUUAGCAAUCUGAGAUUAUACUUCUGUGGUCCCAAGUUUCAAAAACAAUUUAUUCUGACAGUCGAUCCAUAAACAUAAAAAACCUGAGAUUUAUUUCAACGUUUUUGACUUGAGCUUGUGGCGUCUGAAUGUUGAAGUGUGCUGUUCUGAUAUCCGUUCAGAUCAAAGUCCAUAUUAAUCAGCUGUUUAUGACUUCGUAUUAACUCUGUAUUUUCUUCAUGUUUUCAGGGUUUUGGACCCAAAGAGCCCAUGAGACAGAAGAGGGCCUGAUAUUGUGAUACCAACCCCAGUACCUGAAUCACACCCAGUGGUCUCCCCCCACCCCUCCUCUUCCUCCACCAUCUCUUGCACUCCACCUGGCCAGCUCAACCCACCUUUCCCUCUCCUCAUACCACUGCUGUGGAUUAAAGACUUUUUGACAAGACCUGAGUGUGUCUUCGGUGUUCAGCGUCCUGACCAGCUGAUCCAGAACCCCCCUUAUCCUAGAGCGAGGCCUCAUCUGGGCCCAGUCGAGGUCCAGUCCUGCUGCAGGAUGGCAGGUCUAACAUUCUGUUUGGCUAUGAUGGCUGCAGCCUCUCUCCUGACUCCAAGAGCUGAUGGUAAGACUCUCACAAUCUACUUUCUGCUCUUUCUCUGUGGUAAAACUGUUACCAUCUCCGAACAAUCUUUGUCACAGACCGGAUACACUAAAAGCUCAUAACUAUGGUGAAAUUGAGCACUAAGCAUCCUCUCAGGUGAGGGGUAUCUGACAUUAGGGAUGGGAACCAAGAACUGAUUCUUGUUGGGAACCGGUUCUAAAUGGUUCAAUCCAUCGACAUCAUUUACAUUUUAUCUUAACGAUUCCCUUAACGAUUCCUUUUUUGCGGGUGCCUUGAAGAACAGUCCCGCGAGUGCCAGUCUACGCGAACGGGAACAGAGACGGAGGAAAAAAAUAGCGGAAGAUAUGACGAGUAGGCAGUAACGAGCUAAAGAGUGGCUUAAUUUUGCUGAGAAAGACGACAACAGUGCAAUGUUUGUCAAGCAGUGAUAACAUGCAAAGGUGGGAACACCAGCAACAUGCUUCAACAUGUGUCAACGGGGCACGGUAUCAAAUAUAAUGAGUCACAUGUAGUCCAUGUUCUCCUCCAGUGUUGUGCCAUAGAAUGCAUCCCAUCUGUUCAUUAGCUUCUUAAAGAGGAAGAAAUAUGAUCUCAUAUUUAAAAAAAAAAAAAAACACUAGUAUCAGAUCAUGACAACACUUCAAAUGGAGCAGCAAACUUUCGUUCCAUUUUAUGUAUCCCAAAUAUACAAACAUAAAGGUGUACUUGGGUGUAUAAACGUUACAGUAAGCUGUCAAGGUAGAGAACAUAAUAUUUUUAUUUAUCAGAGACUCAAAAUUUUGAGUUAACAGUGAAAACCUAUAGUCUACUUUUUUUAAUCGAAGAAAGGCAUUGAUAAGGGAAUCGUUAAAGAAUUGAAUUGAUAAGCAGAAUCGAUAAUGGCAUCGAUAUCAAUAAAAUCUUAUCAAUUCCCAUCCCGAUCUGAUAUCAGAUAUCGGUCCGAUAUCAGCAAAAAUUUCAAUAUUAGAUGAUAUCGGCCUGCAUCCAAAAUCUUCUAUAUCAGCACUCUGAUACAGGCAGUCCAUUCCAGACCCGGAUCCAGCUUGUAGAGCCCAUGUGAUCACAACAACAGUGUGUACAAAGGUACAAAUAAAGAACUAAUGAGUUGGAGUGAUGUCGACCCUGUGGCAGUAUUUUUCAUUAAAGUCCGAAAAAGACAUUGCAGCUCAGUGCUAAACUUGUAAUGCAGAAGUUUGUGCUAAUAUCGGAUCAAUAUAGGUAUCGGCCAGUAUUGAAGGCAACAAUAUCGGUAUCAUAUCGGAGGUUAAAAAAAAAGUUCUGUCAGGACACUCCUGGUAUUAAGGCUUUGGUAACUUUGGCUCUCAUGGCGGCUGGUUGGUUUGACUUGUCAUACAGCAUCUGUGAUUUUAAAGCUUUGAUUUUGAUUUUCAUGCUUUUCCAUUUUGUUCUCCUCACUGGUAUAUUUGUUUCUACUUAACUGAACAGUUCCAGACAGAUCACAAAUCAAGAGAAGAACACUGUGGCACUAAAGUCUGUAUCACAAACUCAGAGAAAAUCAGUUCAACAAAGUCUGUAAGUUUGUUGAUGGACAAUCUACACAAAUGUUACCUAACCUUUUACCAGAGCUAUUUAUUAUUACACAACAGUCAACCUACAUUCAGGCCAGUCUGUGUGUUUGCUGGAUCUGAAAGUGAGUAUUAUAUAUAACGUGCUCAGUAAAAUCCGGAGAGAUAACAACCACACUUUUUGCUUUUGUAACGUCAAAGAACAAGACUUGAAAGCAGCAGUUUACACUUUUUCAAAUUUUCAUAAAAAAUCCAAAAGUUAAGGUAAGGACUCUCGGUCCUCCAUGGUAACCUGAGCAGUUUUUGCUACUUAGUUUGUCAUUAACUCUAGAGUUUGUUUGAAGUGAGAUAAGCUGAACUUUGAUACUGACCUUAACAUAAAAAGUCGUUCUGCACCUCCUGUGUAAUCAGUGCCCCCCUCCCAGUACACAUAUAAGAGUAUCAGCAGCCUUUUGUUUAAGGCCUGAUGCAGUGUCAAUUGGCUGAUAAUGAGGGGGGGGGGGGGGGGGCUUAAGAAAUCAACUUGUGAAACAAAAGAGACCCCCCUGGUUCUUUGAAAUGCAUGCUAAGCUUUGUGAUGGGGUCGUUUUCUUUAAAUCUGUGUCUUCUCAGUGUUGUGUGUUCAGUGAGCUUUAAAGGCCAACCUUCACAAAUGCUCCGCGCAGAGAGGAUAAAUAUGACUAUUUUCAGACGUUGUCCUCAUUGUGUGAAAUGAGUUUAGCGUCACGAGAAAUGUCACAGUCUGAGCUACAAACCACAGACCUCCAAAUACACAGAGCAGACUGAUAAGAGCAGGGCGGUGCUCACUAAAGUGUUGCAGGCCGUGAUUGACUCAAACUCUCCGAUAACACACUCACACUUGCCACAUGCACACAAACACACCCACACACCCACACACAGCAGUCUGGAAAGGAAAAGAACAGACUCUUUUUCUCCCAUCAUAUCAAACUGGUGUUUUAAUUUCUUUUUCCCCUUUUUGUUCCGCAUAUUAAGAAUAAAAGAUAUUCACAUUUGUCUGAUUAUCCACUUGAUAAUCUGGAAAAUACCAGUCCUGGUCAGAGUGAAUAAAGAGCCUUCAUAAACAAUUUAAGAUAUCAUCCUUUCUAUUACAUUCCUCAUCAUGUUUCAAAUGCUCCUGUUAAUUGAUUUAUUGAUUAAAAAGUAUACAGGCCUCCCCAAAACUUCAAACAGAGACGGGAUGAGUGCUCUCUCAGAGGUUAAUGGUGAACUGAAUCUACAGUCCCCUUCAGCCUUAUGGGGUACAAAUCUUUUUAAGCCUCUCCCAGAAAGAAAAAAUUGCAUCCUCGUAGUGCAAGUUAAAAAAAAAUAGAGGUGUCUGCUGCUGGCAGCUGGAUCAGCUGCUCUCUGAAACUCUCCCUGUGUCCGGUCCUCCACUCCUCUCUGCAGGAAGCUGUUGAAAUGAUUGUUGUCGCUCUCACUUCCUCUCUGCACAUUAACUGUUUCCUGAAUGGCACUGUACGAGCUGUCAGCGGUGCUAAAAGCUCCAAACAGUCAUUGUUCUCCGGAAAUAUCCUUCAGUCCCUCUGGAGACUUAUUCGCCCUUUGAAACAGUGUUUGUUUCCUCUCUCUGGAUUUAUUUCUGCCACGGCCCGCGAAGGCUGGCAGUCCCACAACGCACAACAUGGCAACAACCUGUUUCGUAACCCUUUUUUUCCUUUUCGUUUUAACCCAGUAGAAGGGCUGUGACUCUGAAGAAAAAGAAAAAAAGGGUCACCCAGUCUUUUAUUUUUAAAAAGAUUUGUGUUCUUUUUUAGUCUGUGAAAAUUACAAGCCCCAAUAUUUCUCUUUAGGCAUCCAACAGGAAAAGUUAUCAACCCUUGUGCCUUUUUGAAGCUGAUAUCAAUGGAUUUUUUUUUUAACUUGAUGAUUUUAGUGCCAAAGGUUUCACCCAUUACUACAAGGACAUGCACACAUAAUUUCAGCACAGACGGGUUUUAGAAGUUUCUAAGUGGGAAGGGUCACAGAUUUUAACUUUCAAAACAGUCCAAAAUAUCACUGCAGGUAUUAGUAACACCUACACACACACAUUCACACGUUGUAUAUUGUUCUCCAGGAGGAGCUCCAGUAGAUCAUUAGCAAUUCGCCUCUGAUGCGUGGGUGGAGACAGUGCUGCUCUGCACACUCCUCUUCAUGCUAUCUUGUAGCCUAACAUUGCCAGUGUAGUUGCAGAAGCAGGUAACAUAGAAGCUAUUCAGCUCAUGGGCACUAAUUAGGACACUCAUAAUUAGCUUUCUUACAAGCAUUACAAUCCGCUAUACACUUGUUCCGCAUUCCUUACUUCUAUAAAAGUCUUAUUUUCUCUUGUAUAUUAAUUGCACUUAAACUAAAAAAUAAAGUUUUAUCCGAUUACUCGAUUAACCGAUGGAAUAUUCUGUAGAAUACUCCAUUACCAAAAUAUUUGAUUGCUGCAGACCUAAACCAAAAUUAUUUUCAACUAGAAAUCAACUGAGACCUGUUGGUACAAAACAGAGGUACACUCGGUAUUAUGUGUAUGCCAUUAAUCAGAGCACUGAUCUUCACUGUGUCAGGAAGGUAACUAAUAACUCAGACAUUUUUAAGUCUCCUUCUGUCUGAUUUCAGAGCUCUCCUUAUUUGUUUAGUGUAUAUUGGUCUGAUUCUCAAUCAAACAUUUAGAUGAUAUGAUAAUGAAGACCGUCACUCUAAUGGGAGGGGUAUUUAUGUUUCUUUUACAGUAAACUGAAGAGCCACAUGGCUGCAUUAGGUAGAUUGAAAAGUCGUCACCUGAGGCUUCUUAACUUCACAGCUCUGCUCCGUUUUAACGAGCGCAGGCCGGUUAUUUCCUCAGUGGGACGUUUUCAACAACCUGCCGGUGCCAGGCAACAGAGGCUGGUUCAAAUAAACAUCUCAGUAAAGAUGUUGUUGUUGGGGCUGCUCUAAUAAAAAAAGGUUGUAUUGGUUGUAAAAGUGGAAAGCAGACAGGAGAAAGGGAAAUGGCCAUAGUCAUUUGUGCUUCUGUACAUAGUUAUUUGCAUUUCCUAUGUCAAAAGUUUCCAAAGUAACAAUCUGUAUGGUCCCCCUUUUUUUGGUCCCCUUUAUAGGUACCAAGCAGAAAAUUUUCACACUGAGUAGGAACUACACACACUAGAUUGAACUAGAUUAUAUUCUGAACCUGAAGUGAUAUGAACAGUAUUGUUUUGCACCUUAAUACAUUUGUCUACAUUUUCUACACAAUAUUAGUUGAGCUGAAAGGGGGACACAGGGAUAGAUUCACAGAAAUCAUGAAUGUAGCUUUUUUUUUACACACUGUACCUUUAUUUCACAUUCUAGACUUAAAGUGAUGUUGUGAUUUUGGAGAUGGAAACAAUCCUGAUAGCACAGUUUCGUUCCUGUGACUACUCAGCUGUGGAUGUAGGUUGAGUUUACUCCUUAUUUACACAAACAAAAAGGGUUUGAAAGGUUUGAGCAACUUCAGGUCAUCCUGGUCAAUGGAGGUGCUGAGCUUUUGGGACAUGAAAGGGGUGACAUAACUUGUGCACCGUGUUGUAUCAGGAGGCAGAUCGAGUUCAGGAUGUGUCAUCCUCUCCUGUCGUCCUGCAGAAAGUGAUGACGAUUGGAAAUCAGAGAAAACCUGCAAACCCCUCUUUGUCCUGCUCUCACCGACAGAAGAACCAUUCAUGAUGGACAAAUUAGACCUCUGCUAAUACUUAGUACAUUAACUUUUAAUCACCUCAGCAACACAUCAACCUUGAGGCUGCUGGUUAACCUUGGGGUUAACAUUUAUAUGCCCAAUGUGCACCAACCUGCAGCCUUCUGUGCAGAUCACUCACCUGUUAUUCCCUGUUUUCUACACUAUCCACUGUCCCAAAAAAACAAAUAAUCCUUCCAGAAACCUAAACGCAUUCUUCAUUUGUUCAAGUUAUUACAUGUAGCUUUAGGCAGCCUGUUUUUACAAUUUAACCUUAAGCAUUUUCCAGUGCGAGACACUCCUCCUCACCUGCCCAGCCUGUGAGGUUGUCCCUUCUGCUUUUGUUUGCUCUCUUUCUCCCAUCCUUUGUUUUCAUCCCGUCUUUUCAAGGUCGGAGCAGGAGGGUGACACUGAUCGUUCUCUGGAGGUUUCUCUGUGGUUGACAGCUGAUCUGUCCUUCCUCCCCUCCCUCCUCUUCCCUCUUGUUUGUCUCUGUUUGAGAAGCAGCAGCAGUGUUUCUGUAGCAGUAGGCGUCACUCAGGAUGUGUUGGUGAUUCCCUGCAGGCUUCACUGGAGCCAGAGCACGAGCACACACCAGCCACACAGAGAUGUUCAUUUAGGGACCGCACUUUAGAAUCCUUGGAGUUAUAUCAGACAUUUAAAACCAUUUAAAAUUAUUAGUUCAGGCUCCUGAAAUGAACACAGGAGUCUCUAGUUGCUUUGAUUUGAGAUAAUAAAACAAUAAUCAUAUGGUAUUUUUUUAUUACUUAAAUGAAUCAAUAGUUCAAAAAGUAAAAUGAGGACAAAUUCUUGACUGAUCCUUGUUUUAAGGUUCAAACUUCUUACUGAAUCUCUGCUGUUUGUAGUUCUUUUGUUUCAAAUAAUUAGUUUUAUUGUAGGUUUAAGCCACUUGUUCUUGAUUUGAGAAUUACUGCAUCCACACCGCAAACCAAGAAAUUAAAAAUUGUGUGAAAAGUAUUUGCAGGUUAAUGCAGCAAAAGAAUAAAAAUUCCAAGUUAAUACAAGACACUUUAAAAUAAGCAAUAUUUUUUUUAGAUUAAAGGGAUACUCCAGAGGAAAUUUAAGUUAGGGUCAAACACACCACAACACCAAGUAAGAACCCUCCUCGAGAGAUGAAUGUUGCCGACUGUUUGCUUCUCUAGUUAUACCAACUUCAGCAGUGACUGUAUGAUAGCAAUACACAGCAGUCUACGUCUCCACCCGCAGUCCUUAACCAAAAAGCCACUCUAUAGCCACAAAUAAUGCUCAAAACAGCACCUAACUUCAUCAACAGUAAAUAUAGGGUCCCAGCCAUAGUACCAGCUAUCAAACUUUUUUUUAGCUUUGCCUAAUUUCUUUAGCAAAGAGACCAAACACAACUCACCCACCCACUCUCCUCCAGCAGCCAUUUGUUUGUGGAGGAGCCCUGAUGAGUAGAUCACCGAGUGCAGCGGAGCUUCGCAGCUCAAGGAAGAACAUUUAUGAUUAUUACUUUAUGGAAAUAUAAUUAUACCGAGACGCUAAGGCAGAAGAACUGAUGCGUCUGCAGUGCAAAAUGAUUAUGAUGAUGAUUAUUACUUCAUGAAAAUGAUCCGCUGCCCUCAGUGAUCAACUUGUCAGGUGUCCGUACUAACGAACAGCUGCUGGAGGAGAGUGGGUGAGUUGUGUUUAGUCUCUUUGCUAAAGAAAUCAGGCAAAGCUAAAAAGAUGUUUGGGGGCUCGUACUCUGGCUGGGACCCUAUAUGUCCUGUUGAUGAAGUUAGGUGCUGUUCUGAGCAUUAUUUGUGGCUAUAGAGUGGCUUUUUGGUUGAGGUGUGCGCGUGGAAACAUAGACCGCUGUAUAUUGCUAUUGUGCGAUCGUCACUAAAGUUAAUAUAAAUAGAGAAGCAAGCAGUCUGGACAACAUUCAUCUCUUGACCCUAACUUAAUUUUACGCCAUAAUAUCCCUUUAAUGCAUGAAAUCCAUAUGACACUCCUCCACAUUACAGUCAUCCAUAAAUCAAGUGUCUUAGUCUGCAUAUUUGCCGUCAGUGAGUCAUGUUGAAUGAACUUGCAGUCUUCAAGCUUCUCUAUAUGAGAGCAGAGCAGCUCGCAGCACAUUCCGUCCUUCAUAGACAAACUGAACACUUACAAGCACACAUCUUGUUGAUUUCAAAGGUGGGAAAUGAGAGGAAAACCAGAGUUAGAUCAUCAAAAUAGUUUCGUGUCUUAUCUUCUUCUUUUAGCUGUGCAGAUUUAAGUACAAGUUCCCUCGUCUCUUCUACACAUCAUAUUUGCAGUCAGUGUGUAUUUUUGAACCAGUCCACAGAUAUAAAACAUCAAGAGCAGCUAACAUUGUGUCUGCAGACCACACCGGCUGCUUCAUCAUCAAACACAUCAUCGUCAUCGCUCAUGGUCCCUCUGGACGCUCAGAUGUGUUCACUACAGAGGACCAGAGAUCAGAGCGAUUCAUCAGCCGGCUGCUCCUGAAUGUAAAUAAACAGCCAGUCUGAAGCAGCACUGUUACUUUAAGAGCACAUGGAGAGAGUCUGAUUACCCAGCGUCCUCUUUGCCAGACCUCAGUCUCCACUCUGACUGCCGGCACAAUUAAGUACACAUGUGGAUGGAGUCGGGAGCAGAGCAGCCAUUUCCAGCCUUAACACUCCCACCCAUCUUUCACUUCUUCAUAACUUUUGAGCCAAUCACUGCCUUCCUUGGCCUGAAAAGAAGGCAGGACUUGUCAGUGAAGAUUGUAAGAGCUACACGGUGAUGACAAAAAAGGUCCUUUUUUUCUAUCAAAGCUGUAAAAUGACGACAUGUGAGCAGCGUUUACAUUUUCAAACAGCUGCACUUUAUGUGGUGAUACAUGAUACAGGAGACAGUUUUCACUCAACGUAACAAUUUGUGAAGUCAGGAAAGAAUUUUCCAACUUGACAUGUUUGCCAUCAACAUUACAGGACAGCGUUGUCUUGUAAAUAGUAAGAAAAUCUGACAAAAAUGCUGAUAAUAUCGAUCAGUCUAGAGCAGAUCAGCACACCUGAUUCAAAUGAUCAGCUCGUUAUCAAGCUCUGUAAUGGCUUAAUAACGAGCUGAUCAUUUGAAUCAGGUGUGUUGGAGCAGGGAAACAUCCAAAACAUGCAGGACAGUGGGCCUCCAGGACUGGACUUGAGAACCACUGGUCUAGAGUUUAAACUCUCUUUGUAGCGACAGUCCACAUUCCUUCCUCUUAUAUAUUUUUGUUGUCUGACUGUAACAACAGUCCGACUUUCUGAAUUCAAACUAUGAACACACAAAUGUCAGGGGAAUGACCUCAAAGAAUCAAACUUAGGAGCACAUAAAUGCAGCACUCCUCUGUCUUCACUCAGAGAGGUCAGGGGUCAGUGUCUGUAAACACAAAUUAGCAUUAAAGAUACUAGAUGUGUAUAAACUGACUUCUAUACUACAGAGAAACUUAUGGUGCAGUUUUAAUUUUUGAUAUUUUUUAAUAGCUGAGUAUUUGAUUUUGUACAUAACUAAUUAUGUGAUUGGAAAUGGACAUUACCACAUGCAAGAAAAAUUCUGCAUCUUUAUUUGGGUAUAUUCCAAGGUAGGGCUGGGCUGUAUGGCCUCAAAUCAAUAUCACAAUAUAUUGAGCAGUUCACCUUGAAACAAAACAAACACUUAACACCCAGAUUUGCUGCCUUAUCAUUUUUAGUUCAUUCCCAUUAUUGACUCAUUUUAAGGUUAUGAAAGGAGAUGACUGUCAUCUUCUGCCAACGCUGCACAUCACAACCUCAGCAGGGGUGAAACAGAGUCAUUCAGCCUUUUGUUUGACCAGGUGAAUCCAGUUUAUAACCAAAUGAACUCCUCUUCAAAUUUACAUGUUGGACUUUAAAAACAAGCUCCUCUGUGAUGGCACACACACAUAAAGUUAAGAGCAGGUAAUAGGUGCUUCCUCCUGUUCUCUCAAACCCUUCUGAAAAGAUUUGAAGUCACAAGCGCUCCGGCUGACAGUUAUAGUUUUUCUCUUCGGUGUGAUAUUUGUGAAAAAAGUGGAGCUUUAAUCCUGAAAAGAAACUUUCACAUCAAAAAGAGACAUUUUUGGGUCUGUCUUUAAGGUUCAGUGUGCAGCUAGCUAGCAGCUAAUUUGAAAGUUCCACAAAAGCUCCUUUUCCAUGUACACACAGAAACAACAAGCUGGUGUUUUUUAGCUGUUUUGUAAAAUUAAAUGCAAUUACGUCUGGAUGGAGGGAUGGAAUUCGGAGAAGAGUGGCAGCUCUGUGUGGAUGUUCUCAGUUUGUUGGGUAGGAUUUAAUGUGCAGACUCAGCUCAGUGUGAGGCGGACGUCACAGUGAGAAGUCUUGAGAGGAUUUUCUGGUUUCUGUUUUUCUCUCUGUGUCAAACAUGAGUCAGAGUCUGCGUUCCAGUCUGCAGAGUCACAGCAGAUCUCUGUUAGAUCCUCUGGUACACUCGCUGAACCACAGGACCCAGCCGUACUGUGACAGGGGACAGACAGACAGGCUGUUACCACGGCUACCCGGCAGCUCAAAGUGUAGGUGUGCAGGUCGGUCAUGUCCAGACAUGACAGAGUUUGCGUCCACACACCUCUGAGUGUUUUCACUCUGAGCUGCAGGGAGAGGAGAGAAGAAAAAGAAAGGAGAGUAAAGGUAAAGGAGCUGAAAGGGAGUCGAUGUUGAAGAUAGAUAAAGAAAGAAUGGAGAGAGUAAAAGAGAGUCAAGCAAACAACAUUGCAAAAUAGAGGGAUCAGAGGAGGACAGGAAAGAGGAACAGCAGCAGGAUGAAGGAUUAAGACUUGUCUGAUCUCUUUCUCCGUUUGUCCCUCUGGUUAACAUUUUCAGGGUCUUUUCUCUGUGAAUUUGGUUGUUCACUGACAGAAAAUUACUCACAACUUUCUGCCACUAUCAAUUUUAAAAACUUGAAGAUUUUCUCUGAUUUGAUAUCGCAGUAAACUAAGUCAUAUGGAUUUGUUUUGAAGAGUUUUGAAAACCUCCUCUUAGCAUUUAACUCAGACUUUUGUCACUAUUUCCUGACACUGAAUAGAUCGGUCAGUUCAUUAGUGCAAUUAUAAGGAAAGAAUCCAAUGUGAAACACCUUGUUGUGUUGCAUUUAGCAGAUAGGUAAUAUUUGAAGAAGCUGAAGCCUUUAAAGAACUUACUUUUCACUUCAGUUUUGGUGAAUGAUUUUAUUUGCAAUUUCUGCAAAACAAGUACAUAUAAAACAGGAAUCCUGGUUCUUUUAAGGAAAACUGUAAAAAAAAAUAAUGUUAUUGUAUUGAUGUUAAAUCUGUGGUUUGGAUCAAGAAAUCAUUUUACUCGAGGGCAGAUUGAAUAUGGUCUUUGGCUGUUUCUGAAUAAUAGGAAUAUCAGAGAGUCUGUUUGAGGGGAUAAUAUGAUUUUUUUAUUUGAAGUAGUAAAAGGAGGAAGCAAAAGAAAAUGAUACUGAAAAAUUUGAAGAGACACUUUGCUUAAAGGCAUGUACAAAGAAGGUAACACUUAUGAAAAAGACGAAGAAAGUAAAUGUGAGGGGUUACACGGAUGCCUGUGAUCUCUUCAUUAUGAGUCACAUUUUUAAAAGCUGCGUUCAAAGUCUGUGGACAUAAAUGAGGAAUCUGUGCUGCUGCCUGUCAGUCUUAAUGUACUGAAACAGAAAAAGACAAAGCAAUGCUGGACAAACAACAGGCAAUGAGAUCAGGUACAGCGGAUAUAAAAAGUCUACACACCCCCGUUCAACUGCCAGGUUUUUGUGAUGUAAGAAAAUGACAGCAAGAUAAACAUUUUCACAACUUUUUCCACCUUCAAUGUGACCUAUAACCUGUACAAUGCAAUUGAAAAACAAACUGAAACCUUUAAGGGGAAAAAUAAAAAAAUAGAAAAGUUAAAAUAACCUGGUUGUAUAAAUAUGCACAUCCUUAAACUAAUACUUUGUUGCAGCAACUUUGGCUUUCAUUACAGCACUCAGUCUUUUUGGAGCCUAUCAGCGGGGCACAUCUUGAUGUGGCAAUAUUUGCCCACUCUUCUUUGCAAAACCGCUCCAAAUCUGACAGAUUGCGAGAGCAUCUCCUAUGCACAGCCCUCUUCAGAUCAUGGGAUCAUGAUGGGAUUCAGGACUGGGCGCUGGCUGGGCCAUUCCAAAGUCUCAAUCUUAUUCCAGUGAAGCCAUUGUUUUGUUGAUUUAGAUGUGUUCUUCGGGUCAUUGUUGUGCUGAAAGAUGAAGGUCCUCUUCAUCUUCAGCUUUCUAGCAGAAGGCUGAAGGUUUUGUGUUAACACUGACUGGUAUUUGUAACUGUUCAUAAUUCCCUCCACCCUGACUAAGACACCAGUUCCAGCUGAAGAAAAACAGCCCCAAAGCAUGAUGCUGCCACCACCAUGCUUCAUUGUAGGUAUGGUGUUCUUUUGGUGAUGAGCAGUGUUGAUUUUGCACCAAAUAUACCUUUUGCAAUGAUGUCCCAAAAAGUUCAACUUUGGUUACAUCAGACCAUAACACAUUUUCCCACAUGCGUUUGGGAGAUUUCAGAUGUCUUUUUGCAAAAUUAAGCCGGGCUCUGAUGAUUUUCUUUGUAAGAUAAGGUUUCCGUCUUGCCACCCUAACCCUAGGUUAUGAAAUUAUUUAUCUUGUAAUUUUUUUUAACAUGACAAAAACCUGGCAGUUGAACAGGGGUGUGUAGACUUUAUGUCCACUGCAUAUACAAACAUCAACCAGGAGUUAAAUGAAGAUCUUAACACAAUCAAAUGUUUGUGAUGUGUGAUCAAAACGUGUUUAUGAAGAAUUUACAGACAGAUCAUGGAAAAAGGAGCAGAUGUUUAUGAUAAAGAUUCUUAAAAACGCUGAUACUCAUAUGAAAGCAGCAGAGUUGAGGAUCUGAAGAGAUGUGUGGGGGAUGGGUUUGCAUCAACACGCAUUUUUUACUUGUGAGCUGUGACCUCUGACCCCACUCUUGAUCACUUUGGCUGACUUGGUGUGUCAUAACUUUUCACCGCUGGUUCGGACUACAUGUCUUAUUUGUCAAAAGUGGUUCAAAUGUGAGAUUGUGAUGACACACUUACAGUUAGCCAGUAUAAAUAACCUUUACUCCUUAUAUGGACCUCUGUCUCUCCUCCUCCUCCUCCUCUCUGUCUGCGGUCCUGCUGAUAGAGGAGGAAUGUUUCACCUCCAGCAGGACUCACCCUGAUAAAUCAGACCUGAAUUCUGCUCCUCAAGCUUUGCCUGGGGUCUUCGACUUGAAACCAGCUUUAAAUUCAGAGUUUUGAUUAGAUUCGCUGCGGCAGACCUUAGAUUAAAAACCUUUUCUUUUAUUGAAAACACAUUUCAUCAAACUCUGAAUGACACACAGCAGGAAAUCACGCUGAUGCAUGAAACCUAAAAUUCAGCUGUGCUCUUAGUCUAUUAAAUCUGGUUCUUCUGACUCACUUUUUGUUUCUCUGUCCAGCUGCAGGUCAGAAUCCAGACCAUGUCCUGCAAGGGACAGGGGUGAAACCUGAAGCAAGAAGACCUGGCGAGGACUCAACCAUUGCGCCAGAGGAUGCUGCCCGGUUCCUUAGCUGUUACUGCUCAGGACAUUGUCCCGAGGACGCCACCAACAACACCUGCCAGUGAGUAGAGAGGCACACAGCAAGAGAAAUCUGAACUAUGACCUGAGAUCUGGUUAUUAACCCAGCUGGUCUUAAAAGUAUUCUCACAGUUUGAAAUCUGCUAAUAGAGAGCUCUACGGUGACUGGUGUAAAGAGUUUAAACAGUUUUGGGAUUCAACGUUACCAUGUGAAGACUGCAAAGACACAAAAAAACAUGUCAGAUUAUAAAUGGAGAGUUUUAAAGUAGAUGGAUAUAUGUAUUCAAGUCUUUGAUUUCAUCACAACCCCAUCAUGAGUUCAGGAGAGUCAUUGUCGUUUGAUCAGCUGACAGGCUCCGAUCAUUCUUGCUGAUACACACUGUGUGUUUGUCUCCUCAGGACCAACGGUCAGUGUUUUGCCAUCAUUGAGGAAGAUGAGCACGGUGAGGCCAUCCUCACUUCUGGCUGCAUGAAAUAUGAAGGCUCACACUUCCAGUGCAAGGUACGCACAUGCAAACACACACACACACACACACACACUGAUAAAGAAUAUCAUAGAGUAACUAUAACUAAAGCUCAGUCCAGGAUCACAACAGACAGGAGCUGCAGCAGCUGUUGAUCAUGUCAUGUUUAUCUAAUCCAUUGUGUGAUUGGUUUGACUGACAGGACUCUCCGAAAGCUCAGACCAGGAGGACCAUCGAGUGCUGCAACACCGACUUCUGCAACAGAGACCUGCAGCCCACCCUCCCCCCUCAGGCUCCCCCAGGUAACCCUCCCCCCCACAUCUCUAAGAUGUUCAGGUGUUCAUGAGGUGAUUGUAGACCUGAGUUAAUCACUGUGGUCUCUUCUCUUUGUAGAGGGAAGUCCUCACUGGCUGGCCUUCCUCAUCUCGAUGAUGGUCUGCUGCUGCACACUCAUCUGUGUCACCGUCGUCUGUUACUACAGGUACAACAUCACUGACAGACCUCCUCUGAUAUCAUUAAUUAACACUCUGAUUUAGGGGUUGUACCACUAUGGUAGUGGUGUUUCUGAGGGCUCUACAGAAGCCAUUCAAACAUUGUAAUGACAUAAAGACCCGGUCUGUUUUGUUCCUACCCCCACAGGCAGUAUUUAAAUGCAACUAACACGCCUGCUUUGGCUCUUAUUCUCAAAGAAACGAUGUACAUGUGUACAUGCGUAACACACCAAGUGUUUGUGUUCGUGUGUGUUCAACAGGUACAAGUGGCAGACUGAGCGUCAGCGGUAUCACAAGGAUCUGGAGCAGGAAGUUUUCAUCCCUGCGGGAGAGUCACUCAAAGACCUCAUCCACCAAUCACAGAGCUCAGGCAGUGGCUCGGGGCUCCCUCUGCUGGUAAGGACGCCAGACUGCACCUUUACACACCGUCCUUAUAUACAAACUAUAUACUGUACAUACUGUAGAUCUGGUGUGUUCAGUGUUGAAAAUGGAUUGCCUUUUAUAAAGUAUUACUGAAAAUUAAAAAAUGUGACAUCCCUGAUCUUGUUUUACGAGCCUAAAAUAACUUAUUAAAAAUUGAGAUAUUUGCAACUAACCUAAGGGAUCUUGGAGAAUAUAGGGACUUGAAGAAGGUACCAUAAUUAUUUCAAAUACCAAAAUAUUUUGUAAAAUUCAUAGGUUUAUUAAAAAAAAGAAAUCAAAACUAACCCCCGUACAGUCAGAUAAUGUAAUCAGUUUGAGGUGAAUCUGCAGCUGAGGUUUUUCUGGUUUGAGUCAAACUGUUUCUCAGGACCAAAAGAGAAGAGACAGAACUACAGAGAAUCCUUCAAACUUCACAUAUCAGACUUAUUUAAACCCCCCUGUGUCUCUCUGGUGUUCAGGUGCAGCGAACCAUCGCCAAGCAAAUCCAGAUGGUACGUCAGAUUGGAAAGGGGCGGUACGGCGAGGUGUGGCUGGGCCGCUGGAGGGGAGAGAAGGUGGCCGUGAAAGUCUUCUUCACCCGAGAGGAAGCCAGCUGGUUCAGAGAGACUGAGAUCUACCAGACCGUCCUGAUGAGACACGAAAACAUCCUGGGUACGGAUCACGUCCAUGUCUUCCUUCACUCACACACAAAAAGGGGAUAAAAAAGGGGCAUCAAGAUAAAGGGGGAUAAGUUUGGGCAUUUCCUCUUCUACAUCUGAGAGUUUGAUUAGACGGGAGGAAAAUGAGAGUUUAUCUGACUGCAGCUCAACCAUCUGACGAACCAUAAAACCUGCAGAAGACUUUAAACCCUGAAAACUGGUGGACUCCAAAACAGAUCAAUAUGAUGAUUGAUUUUUAAUUAAGCUGAUGAUUUAAACUAAUGACACAGAGCGCCGCCUGCAGUCUAUCAGACCGAUGAGACUCAAUGACGACACUGUUUAAUAGAGACAGAAGGUGCUCUGAUGUACUGAGGACUAUAAUUCACUCGGAGAGGGAUGGACUGUGUGUGUGUGUGUGUGUGUGUGUGUGUGUGUGUGUGUGUGUGGCUUUAUAGUGACAGAGUUUACCAAAUUAAAUAUAGCAAAGAAACAUUUACACAAAAAUGAAAAAGAACGACAGGAGUUAUGCUGCGUUCCAGUACUUCAGUACUUAGAAGUUGGAUGUCGAAGCUGGGAAUGACGUUACACCCUAGUUGACAGUGUUCCAGUUAACAAGUCGAAAAACCAAGAUGGACGCCUACAGUUAGCUGUUGUUUACAGUUGUCAGCGGUUGUUAGUUGUUGUUAGCAAUACCAGUGUUAACCAAUGCAUAACACAGUAUUUUACUCUAUAGCACCGUGUUCACAGUUAGACGUUGAGCAGCACAACAUGUACCACCUAUUAAAUUUCACAAAAACAAAACCAAAGUGUUAAUAAAUAAAACAUUACGAGAGUUUUCACUGUUACUCUUGGCCGUUGAUGCACUGCGCUGCCAUCUUGGAUUAUGACACUGUCGUCAAGUGAGGGUUGGUGAGGAUCGUCCAACUUUCCAAGUCUGAAAUCCGACUUCAGGGGGGCUUUCCAGAUGAAUUUCUGACUCAGAGCUCUGAAAUUCUGACUUCCGAGUACAACUGGAACGCAGCAUAAGGCUUAUGCUCCUAAAAGCUUAAUUAAAUAUAUAUACUGUAUGAAGAUACUGAAGUGCAGAUUGGUCUUAAGUUGCACUUCUUCAUGAUAAGAUUUUAACGACUUUCUUUGAGAACCUGGUCAAGUCACAGUCAGCUCGCUGCUAAGUUAUUAUAAUUUGUAGUAAAUGAAUGGAAACUAGAAAAUAGAAGUUAAGUUCUUUAAUCUUUUCCUUUAACAUCUUAAAUGUUGUGGGUGACUUGGACAACCUGCUUUUAGGUGAAAUUGUGAAGCAUACAUGCAAGAUGCAUAAUGUCAGCAGUUAGUACAGUUAGGAUUGUUUCCUGAGACCUGACCUGUCAAUCAUCUCUCCCACCUGCAGGCUUUAUUGCGGCUGAUAUCAAGGGCACCGGCACCUACACGCAGCUCUUCCUCAUCACUGACUAUCACGAGAACGGCUCUCUCUACGACUACCUGAAGCUGACCACACUCGACACGCAGGCUCUGCUGCGGCUGGCGUACUCCGCUGCCUGCGGCCUCUGCCACCUGCACACAGAAAUCUACGGCACGCAGGGAAAACCGGCCAUCGCCCACCGAGACCUGAAGAGCAAAAACAUCCUGAUCAAGAAGAACGGAACCUGCUGCAUCGCAGACCUCGGCCUCGCCGUAAAGUUCAACAGGUAAACAUUGUUGCAACAGGGUUUUUUUUUUAUACACAGUACCAAGUUCUCUAGAACUGUUGGACAAAAGCAGAAGGAAGAAAAAAAUAAUAAUAUGAAAUGAAAAAAGAAAUGGAAAAAAACAAAAAAAAAGAGCAGAAGGUCAUUGAAUUUUACAGCAGUUAUUGGUGUGUUUGAUAGGAGAUAACUGACUCGUUUAAUGAACAGUGUGAUGUUGUGUUGGUUAAAUUGUCUGUUUAUAUUUGAAUCCUAAUAUGACGCUGCCUUAUUUCUUAUCCAGCUCUCUUUUUUCAAAACUCAACUUUCCUGUCCCAAUCCCAGACCCGAGUAGUAGAAUGACUCCCACUCCCAUCCCACUCCCACUCAAAAUCACUCCCACUCCUGUCCCGCUCCCGUUUGAAUAAAACCAAACAUGUUGAAAAACGUUGUAUUUUUUAUUUUAAAAUAAAGAAUUUUAGGUGAAAGCGGCAGCCCGAGUUGGAGCUCCGGCGACCGCUCCGAGUCGCUUUUCACUUCCGGUGGUGACAGGAAGUCAAACCACUGUUGUAGUUCUUUUGUGUUGCUAGCGCAGUCAAGAGUGUUGGCUCUCACUGAGAGAGGACUACAAAAAUGGACACAUCUGUUCGUGUGGUUGUUUAACACGGCUGAAAUUGAUCAUCUAUUAAUGUUGUUCCCACUCCUGCCUGCUCCCGUUGCUUUUUUUCCCGUCCCGUCCCGAUCACUGGAUUAAUUAAAAAAUGACUCCCAGAAUCCCGCGGGAAUCACGUUACCCACAGGAAUUCUCGAAAUAUGUCAUCCUCUACACUGAACCUCAAAGCAGCUGUCUGUCUCUUAUUUCCCCACAGUGACACCAAUGAGGUGGACAUCCCUCCGAACAGCCGGGUAGGUACGAGGCGCUACAUGGCCCCUGAGGUCUUAGACGAGAGCCUCAACAAGAACCACUUCCAGGCUUACAUCAUGGCCGACAUGUACAGCUACGGCCUGGUCAUCUGGGAGAUGGCCCGACGAUGUGUCACUGGAGGUACAAACGCGCACACACACCAACAUAUACACACAAAGACAUACUUACACUUCACACUAAACUAUUGUGUUGGAUUAGACUGAAGAGGCACCAAAUGAAGAAGUCUGCCCUCAGAAGAAAUGAACUCUCUCUCUCUCUCUCUGCUCAGGUAUUGUGGAGGACUACCAGCUGCCAUACUAUGAGAUGGUGCCCUCUGACCCCUCCUAUGAAGACAUGCUGGAGGUGGUGUGUGUUAAAGGACUUCGGCCCACAGUGUCCAACCGCUGGAACAGUGAUGAGGUGAGGCUCAUAGAUGACUUAGCAGACCUGGAACUCUGUUUCAGUCGCUGUUUUUCUGGAGGGGAUGGACUCUGCUGGGAACCAAAGUCUCAGAUGACCCACAGUCCUCUAAUGCGGUGCUCUUUUGUUUCCACAGUGCCUUCGAGCCAUGCUGAAGCUGAUGUCAGAGUGCUGGGCUCAUAACCCCGCCUCCCGCCUCACCAUCCUCAGAGUGAAGAAGACACUCGCCAAGAUGGUGGAGUCGCAGGACAUCAAGAUUUGACCGCCCUCGUCCCUGUCAUCGUCCUAACACCAUCAGACUCACGUAAAACCCAGACCACACUCAGCCUGACAGGUUUGAUACAGAUCAGACUGGAUCAGCAUCCCCAGGAAAUCACCCUCAUCAGGAGGAAGAGGAGGAGAGCUAGGAGAUUAAGACUGUCCCCUGAGGGCUGAACUGUAGACCUCCGGCUCCUCCUCUUCCUCUGCCAUCAGUCUGUCUGUGGAAAUAAAACAUCCUCAUCAUCCUCCUCUUCUUCCUCCUCCUGGCUCGUAGGUGGCGAGACAACCAGUUUGACGCUUUCUGUGAAAGCCAAACGAGACAAUAAUUUUAAAAGAUGACUGUCUUUGGAGGAGAAAGGAGGAAGGCUGUUCCUGAUGCUUGAUGAGAGGGAAAACAUUGGAUCUUGUUUUUUAAGGACCCGCCUGACUUCCCCCACUUCUUCUGUCUGUUUGAAAACUUUUCAAAUGCCAAUUUUUAUUUUGUUGCUGUUGUUACUUUCUCUUCAGGACUGAGUUCUCCUGCCAUAUUGAAAUAUAUCUCCACUCUGAAAGUAGAGUUAAUUAUAAAGAAAAUAAGGUACUAUUAUAAUAUGUGAAUUUUAAUGUGUAAAUAAAUGUUAUCAUUGGAUGCCGUGCCUACUCAUAAGAAGAUUUGAAAACCAGAACACUAUGCUGCAGUGGUGUUGACGUCCAGUUGACCCCAGGAGAGGAUGGGGUUGCCAUUGGAGACGUCUCCCGUCCUGUCUGUCUUUGUGUCUGUCUGUCCACAUCGUGGUUAAUGUCUGUCUAUCAGCUGUCAUAAACAGGUGGAGCUGCUCUGUUGUCAGGAUAGGAAGGUGAUUGGUUGAGAUCUCAGUGGGUGGAGCCAAAGGACCAGGGUGUCAAAGUGGGACUAUAGCAGUGGUUCUCAAAUCCAGUCCUCGAGGCCCACUGUCCCGCAUGUUUUGAUGUUUUCCUGCUCCAACACACCUGAUUCAAAUGAUCAGCUCGUUAUCAAGCUCUGUAAUGGCUUAAUAACGAGCUGAUCAUUUGAAUCAGGUGUGUUGGAGCAGGGAAACAUGCAGGACAGUGGGCCUCGAGGACUGGACUUGAGAACCACUGGUUUAACGUCUUCUCUCUUCAACCAGAUUAUUAUAACUAACGCAAAGGUUAACUUUGGCUCCUUCCCCUUAGGUUCACUCAUCCAAUCAGACCGUUUCUUAAAUUUUAGUAUAACUUAAUACUGUUCAGACAGCCAUCUUUGUAACCCUGUUUUGUCUUCCUUCAGCAGUAAAAUCACUGACCUGUUUCAGAUGCAAAAGUCUCAGACAAAAUUUUUUGAAAAUUGCAGUUUACUUAGUUUAGUUUGAAGACUGGAUGCAGGCUGAAGUGCCUGAGUGGCACUCAAAAUUGUUUCAUCAGUCUUAUUGGAAAGUUCUGAGGUUAAAAAUGUAAAAUGAGGUGUUACAUACUCGGAGCUGGGCUAGAAGUUAACCCUUGUUCCAGUUUUUACGCUAAACUAGGCGAAACAUCCUAAUCCUCCAGACUAGACUCAGAAAUAUGUUGGACUGUUCCUUUAAAUAAUUUGCCUUAAUUCUCUCCUCAGCAGCAGAAAGAUGUGCAUGUGUUGGCUGUGAACAAGUUCAUUGUGUGUGUGUGUUUGUGUGUGAGAGAGAGAGAGAAGCCAGCUGUUGGUACAGUAGCUAUUUAAGAGCAGUAACUUAGUGUGUCUCUGUAAUAAAUAUGCAAAACAAACCCCCAUUAUAGGAAUUAUUUCUAAUAUGUAAAUCUUUCAUGUUUUUUGUUUUUUUUGUUGUUUUGUACAGCAUCUGGUUUGGUGCCUUAUGAGUUUACCAAGGAAAUGAAAAAAACUCUGUAUACAGUCUGUCCAAUGUAACGAUUUUUAAGUAAAUAACCUUAUUUUAGUACACAAACUCACUGUGUUCUCUCUGCUUCUUUACCCUCUACCUGAUGUUUGUUGACUUCACCUGUUCAGAAACACGUCUGCACAAGGAAAGAAGAGUCUUUCACCAUGGAUUAAGAAAAUACUUUUCAAAAUCAAUUAUAGAUUUAAUAACUUUUUAUAGCUGGUUUAAUGAUGCAAAGUCAAAAUUUGAAAAGGGGAUUCUUUGUGGGCUGAGAUUUGUG